AAUAAGCACCGGAUCCGGUGACGUGAUUUGUCAGUCGUUAUAUAUGGAUGUUAUACGGUGGCUAUACGCCUGGCGGGAUGUUGAAUGGUCGAUGUCAGGCUCAGACUUGCAGAAUCGGGGAGUCACAGUAAGCACCGGAUCCGGUGACGUGAUUUGUCAGUUGUUAUAUAUUGAUGUUAUACGGUGGCUCUACGCCUGGCAGGAUGUUGUAUGGCCAAUGCCAGGCUCAGACAUGUCUUCCCUCAUAACCCAUCAUGUGGUACCGAGGACACUUCAUUUAUUUUCAUUAAUCACCUCAAACGUGUAGUUAUCCUUUUCGAUCGUGUGUUUAUUAUUUCGAUCAUGCAGAUGAUGCCUUCGUUUAAUUCACAUUUUUCACCAAGAAUUUAUACCAUAAAAAGUCUGGUUCAUAAAUUAUAUUCCAGCCUCAGAUAAUAGCUAUGCAGAUUUAAUAGAUUUGCUGUUUAAUUGGUGCCGUAUCUCCUCCUUGCCCCUAUUCCCGCCAACCACGAAUCGUUACCUUUAACAAGCCUGGAUAUUCCAUCGUUGGUGGAUUUAACGCUCAUUAUGGUGCUGUUAAAUCUGUUAACAAUCCCGAAAUCAGAGGAUUCCUGAGCAGCCUCCAUCGUGGCCUCCCCACACCCCUGGUAUCCCUGGCGGAGAGAUGGAUACAGCUAUUUAUGACACUGUCUAAUAAUCUGUUAACAAUCCUGAAAUCAGAGGAUUCUGAGCAGCACCCUCUGUGCCCCCCAUCCCCCCUGUACUCUUGGAUACGGCUAUUUAUGGUGCAGGCUCAGUAUAUUUUAUACUGGAUUGGCCUUGUUUGCACGUCAUCUUUAUAUGUACUGAAUAUACCCUGAAUAAAAUGAUUAAAGGGACAUGUGCAGGUCCCACAAUCUAUAAACGUUCAGUGACAGCGUGCAGUGCAGAUUGCUUCAUCAUGAGAAUGUAUCGUUAGUAGACAAUGCAAAAACAAACGUUCUCAUCGGCUAGCUCAUCACGGCCAGCUUGGGCACUGCUAACCUCAUCAUGCUCAACCGGCUUAAAGGUUGGCGGCUUCAGGCUGGCUGAGGAUCAUGGUAAAGCAGUUCAGGGAUUUGCAGUGAUUAGACUAGCCAUCACCAGGGGGAUCGUUUUAACUCAGGUAAAAAUUGAGUAAAAUGAAUACAAACAGGUGCUCAGUGCAGAUCCGCUGGGUACUCCCACUCCCAACACUACCAUCCCACUGAUAUAGGUUUGUAUUAUCCAUUGUAACCUAGAAUGUAUGUGAAUACAGUAAAACCACAGCUACUGUGAGUAAGCAGGUAUGAAGGAACCCCUGACUCCAUGAUCAGCCAUUAUAUCUAGGAAACUAUUCCACCGGCGUACAAUGCCAAGUAUCUACUACUAGUUAAGAUCACAGAAUGAAAUACCGACCUGAAUUCAGGAUUAUAUUUUACCAGUUAUUUUAAUAUGAAUGCACCCGCUAUGAAUGUCAGCCCAUCUUAGUGCACUGUUUAGUAAAUAGGACCCUAAAUGCUGCCAGGCAGUGAGUACUGAGUCCUAAUACACAGACUGAGGUUCCCCUCCCUCCUUGUCACCCCGUACACAGCUCCUUCCAUUCAUUCUCUGCAUUCUGCCAUUUCUCACACCGUCUCCCCUUGCUCGCUUCUUAAACAUGUCUGCCCUCAGCACCUGGCUUCCCUCCAAAGAACCUCUUCAUGUAUGACCUAUUUCCAGUCUGACACAUCGGACAGAGUACGGCGCACUGCUUGAAACCGCGUACUGCAGCCGCACGGGCUAAAACGCAGAAUCCAGCACUGAAAUAAUUAUUUCUAAACGCCACCAUUAACCUGGAGAAACGCCCCCCCCCCCCCUCGUAUUUUAACAUUAAUCACGGGGUCAGAGAGAAAAUGUUGCUUUCCUGCAUUUUUAGGGUUUGCUGGCAAGCACAUUUUUUUUACUAAAAUGGAGAUUGGGGAAAAAUUGUCCAAUUCAGCAAUGUUUACUAGCUCGGACAUGGUGGCCUAAAUAUUGCUAUUCCCUAGUCAGUUUCCCAGAAUCCACUGCUUCUGUAAUAAUGGUCUCCGUCUCAUUCCUUGUGGUCAGCUAAAUAAAUGGGUCAGGCCUGCUUCCACAGGGAUUUAUAUUCUGUUUUAAAGUAUGACGGCUAUAAGAGAUAAAAUAGAUGUUGUUUGUAUAUACUGAAUCACCAUAUUGGUUUUGAGUUUAGUUCUCUUAAACUCUAAUUAUUAUUUUAUGAUAUAUCUGUACUCCUUACCCAACGUAUAAAUAAAUACACAAUAUCUGAAUUUAAGGACAGGGAUCCAAUAUGGUUUAGAGUGCAGGGGAUUCUGGGAUAUCCCCCCGCCAUUUGUAAGGGCAGAAAUGGAUAUUCAUGAUUUGUAUGAAUAGCGUGUAUUUCUAUAAACUACUUCUGGUUCUAUUCCAGGGCCAGGAAUGGGGUGUUAUAGUUCUGCCAUCUGGUUCCUUGAUUAAUAGCGACAUUGAUCGAAAUGUCUCCGUCCAAUAUCGCCAUCCGCGAAGCGAGUCCCAGGAGUCUGUUCCACUCUGGGUAAUAGCUCUCCCAGGCAAAUUACAGCCCAGCAUUAAAUGUGCGGUUAAAUAAAUUGCAUUAUGCAGGGAGAGACAGGAAAAAACUGUUUAUCUGUCAGAACAGCAGAGCAAUCAUAAACCCUGGCUCUUAAAGUGCAGAGAGAAACCAUAUAAACGGCCUGGUUUUAGCCGGUCGCCAGUUACUUUAACAAUAAAGCUGCCGCGGGCCUGUGAAAUAUUUAAUAUUUCCGCUGGUUUGUUAGAACAUUCUAGAACAAAACUGUCAAAGAGCUUAUUAAUGAAACUGUUUUCAUGAGGGAAAAGAGGGGCGGCUCUCUCAGAGACAAAAUGGCCGCACACGUGCCACGAUUUUAUUGACCCGCGCGUUUUCAAGUGGCUGAAGGUCUGGCUUCAUCAUCGAACAGACAGAUAAUUAAGAUAUUUACAUGUUGUUUUAGUAUUAAAUGAUUUAUAAAUGUGAACUUUACACCAUUUUCAUAUGAUAUCUUUAUGUUUUUCUCCCCGGUGUUAGUACGUUCACCAUACUCUGGUAUGUUUCCAGGUUUAAUACGAUCUAAUUGUUUUUUUGUAGGUUUAUGCGAUAUUAGUCAGUCAUCCUCCAGCUCCAACCGACCACCUAACACCCACUCCGGUCUCAUACACAGCAGGCUUCUACCGGAUCCCUGUCAUUGGAUUGACCACGCGCAUGUCCAUCUAUUCGGAUAAGGUAACGUGCUUUCCUCAAACAGCAAUAAAAAGCGCUCGCUGUCUGCUCCCUAUAUUAAGCAAGGCAGGUCUACAAAUACUGCCUGGAAAAUACCCUAAUGGUGAGAAUUCAGGGGCAGAGAAUGGUCUGAACACCCCCCUACUAGAACAAAAUUCUAAGGAUAAUAAAGACAGAACUGUAUCUAGAGUCCUGCAUGAAAUGAACUAUCCUCACCCAAAGAGCUUACACUCCAAUUAAAUAAUACUAAACCUCUCACAAAGAGCUUACACUCCAUUGGAAUAAUACUAAAGCUCUCUCAAAGAGCUUACACUCCAAUAAAACAAUACUAAACCUCUCCCAAAGAGCCUACACUUUACAUAUAAUGAAGCCCCUCUCCCAAAGAGCUUACACUUUAUAUAUAAAGUAUUUCCAGAUAUCAGCAUUUUAGUUUAAAGUCUGUCUUGUGUUAGUAAAUACAGGCUGACUGUUUGCAUAGUGUGGCCCCUGUGGCACUGUUUAGUGGGCCUGCCCUUGGUAACGUGUCUCCAGCCUGAUGGGGGCCCAGUGAUUGGGAAAUAAUGACAGACGCUGUCAGUGUUGGAACAAUGAAGUGAACUAUCUAGUCAGGCUGGUUUUAUUGUAUCACGGCCUGUGGGUACUUUGACCCUGUGAGUUAGCCAAUAAAGGUGUGAGCCAUUAUCUGCUCCUACCCCUGCUUUAUGGCUGCUGUAUCGCUCAAUUAUUAACUCCAAACUUCCUCUAAACUAACCGUGACAAUCACUCUCACUUUACAACUGCACCCCGUCAUAUGACCAUGUUUACUGAGAUUACCUCAGUCAAAAGGUAUCAGGGUAAACCGACAGAUUCUCAGGAUUAAUUGACAGAUUCUCAGAGUGAAUGGGCAGAUUGUCAGGGUGAAUAGGCAGAUUCUCAGUGUGAAUGGGCAGAUUCUCAGGAUGAAGGGGCAGGUUCUGAGAGUGAAUGGGCAGAUUCUCAGUGCAAAUGGGGCAGAUUCUCAGCGUGAAUUGGAAGAUUCUCAGGGUGAAUGGGAAGAUUAUCAAGGUGAAGGGGUAGAUUCUUAGAGUAAAUGGCAGAUUCUCAGGGUGAAUGGGGCAGAUUCUCGGGGUGAAUGGGCAGAUUCUAAGGGUGAGUGGGGCAGAUUCUCAGGGUGAAUAGGCAGAUUCUCAGUGUGAAUGGGGCAGAUUCUCAGUGUGAAUGGGGCAGUUUCUCAGGGUGAGUGGGGCAGAUUCUCAGUGUGAAUGGGGCAGAUUCUCAGGGAGAGUGGGGCAGAUUCUCAGUGUUAAUUGGCAGAUUAUCAAGGUGAAGGAGCAGAUUCUCAGCGUGAAUGGAAAGAGGGUAUACCUAGAACCAUAACCACUUCUGCAAACUGUAGUGUUUAUGGUGCCUGGAGUGGUGCUUUAAUAAUAUAUAUGAUUCAUUAAAAAUAUCUGCAAAAACAAUGCAUUAAAAAAUAUUGAUGAAAAAAGUAGUGAAAGUUAACUAAUGUUUAUACCGUCAGUCUGUGUCAGUAUUGUUUUUUCGAUGUUACGAUUCAGCCCGCGUUCAGGGCCGGAUUAACAUAGGGGCUGAUGGAGCUGCAGCUCCAGGCCCAGGCCCAUGGAAUAGGCCCAUUGAUUUAAAAAAAAAAAUACAUAUAUAUUUUUUUACACACUAUUUUUAGGGAUUCCACCUGGCUUUUAUUUUAUUGGCACAGCCGGUAUUUGAGGCUGCCUGGCCGGUGCCAAUAUUGCAGUGAUACUGGCAAUACAAAUGGAGAUAUUUUUCUUUGUAUAAACCAUGGGUCAUCAACCUGGUCCCUACCGCCCACUAGUGGGCGUUUUAGGAUUCCAGGUGGGCGGUAGGGAUUUCAGCGGCUAAAUCCUCUUUUUUUUGAGGAUUUCUCCUUUUGGGCGUGCGGGCGCGAGUGGCUUUGCGGGCGCAAGAUUUCAGUGACCGGCAGAAGGGAAGCGCUCCCUCUUGCCAGGCCACCUUCUGGACCCCCCGGCAUGGCGUGCGGCAGUGGUAAGAUCAGACGCGGCGAGGGAGCUCUAACCUCUCUGCUCCCUCGCGCUAUGUUUUCUGAUGCCGCGGGAGCCGGAAUAUGACAUCAUAUUCUGGCUCCCGGCAUCAGUAGACAGCCCGCGAGAGAGCAAAGCAGUGAGGUUAGAGCUCCCUCGCCCCCUCGGAUUUGAACUCUGCCGCCCGCUGAAGUGAAGCCCCACUGGACUCCAGGGACAGAUCCACACCAGCUCUCCAGGUAGGGAGGCUGGGUGGACAUUUAAUAUUAAUAAUUUGUGUGUAUGUAAGUGUAUGUGUGUGUGUGUGUUUGUUUGUUUCUGUGUGUGUCUGUAAGUGUACGUGUGUAUGUAUGUGUGUGUGUGUGUCUGUAAGUGUAUGUGUGUAUGUGUGUGUGUGUGUCUGUAAGUGUGUGUGUGUGUCUGUAAGUGUAUGUGUGUAUGUGUGUGCGUGUCUGUAAGUGUAUGUGUGUGUGUGUCUGUAAGUGUAUGUGUGUGUCUUUAAGUGUAUGUGUGUAUGUAUGUGUGUAUGUGUCUGUAAGUUUAUGUGUGUAUGUGUGUGUGUGUGUCUGUAAGUAUAUGUGUGUAUGUGUGUGUGUGUCUGUAAGUAUAUGUGUGUAUGUGUGUGUGUGUGUGUCUGUAAGUAUGUGUGUGUUUGUCUGUAAGUGUAUGUGUGUGUGUCUGUAAGUGUAUGUGUGAGUGUGUGUAUGUUUGUCUGUGUGUAUGUGUUUCUCUGUGAGUGUGUGUGUCUGUAAGCGUAUGUGUGAGUGUUUGUCUGUGAGUGUGUGUGUGUGUCUGUAAGUGUAUGUGUGUGUGUGUGUGUGUCUGUAAGUGUAUGUGUGAGUGUGUGUAUGUUUGUCUGUGUGUACGUGUUUCUCUGUGAGUGUGUGUGUCUGUAAGUGUAUGUGUGAGUGUUUGUCUGUGAGUGUGUGUGUGUGUCUGUAAGUGUGUGUGUUUGUCUGUAAGUGUAUGUGAGAGUGUGUGUGUGUUUGUCUGUGAGCAGAGUACUUGUAGAAUAGAAGAAAGAAGGAGCAGAAUAUUUGUAAAAAGAGAGAAAGAAAGAAUGAAAAUAAAAAGGAUAAGGAGAGAAUUGUUGUUGGCUAAUAAUAGUAAGUGGGCUACCUAGCUCAGCCUUCCUACUGGGCAUUGCUAUAAGGAAGGAUAAAAAAUAGAAAAAAGGGGGAAAAAAAGGUGGGGAGGGGAAUUGAGGAGGGGAGCUGACGCACAGAUGAGAAAUCAUAUUAUGCGCAAACAGAGAAAUCGUCUGAAUAUCACCGAAAGAGGAGACCUUCGUUUGAUCCUUACGAAAAUCGAACCAGAUAUCAAAUAUUUAGUCUUGCAGCAUCAACCUCAAGGAUCUCAUUAAUCACUAGUAAAGGUAAUUUCAAUUUACUUUGUUUUCUCAUUAAACUUUAUAAAGUUAAAAACAUUAAAAAAAAGAAAAAGUCUCUCCCUUGGGCAGGGACUAUGAAGUGUGUCCUGAAAAUAUCCAGACAGGGGGUAACCCUAAAUAUUAACUCGGAAAAGAAAAAGUGAUCCUAGGGCAGAAAUGUCCAGGAUACACAGAUAGGAUAUAUCAGAGUAUCUAUUACUGAUAAAAACCAUAAUUUUAUUGGUCAUCAUAAACAUAGACAAAUAAAAUAAUAAUAAAGAAACACACACACACGCGCACACGCACACACACACACACACACACACACGCACACACACGCACACACAAUAUCUGGGUGAAUAGGGAUAGAGUGUUUAGCUAUAUGUCUAUCCAGUGUAUUGUUACAUUGCCAGUUCUUUUAUCCGUGUCUGGCAGGCAUCAGUAUGGGAUUUGACAACUGAUUGGCUUCACACGAGGGGACUUGGAGAUCAGUUUAGUCUCCAUUAAAGGCUCUCUAGCUAUUCAUAUUCCUUCUAUAGGUGGUUUAUAUGCCAUAGGAGUUUCCUCUACUGUAUCAAACCUCUGCUAUUACCACUAUAUUUGGCCUCCCCUUCCUAGCCUACUGAGCUUCAUUAUCUCCUCCCUGUGUGUUUACCUUUGGGUUAGUGUGUGUUUCUUUAUUAUUAUUUUGUUUGUCUUUGUUUAUGAUGUCCAAUAAACGUAUGGUUUUUAUCAGUAAUAGAUACUCUGAUAUAUCCUAUCCGUGUAUCCUGGACAUUUCUGCCCUAGAAGUUAAAACAUUAUAAACAUGCAUUAAGUAGAAAUAAAAAGAUAAAUGUACGUACAUUUAUUUUUUUUUAAAACACCCUCCUUUCUAAAAAAUAUUCCGAACUUGUGCAAAAACUGGUGGGCAGUAAGGAAAUGUUUCCACCAAGAAAGAUGCAUUAUUGGGCGGUAGGUAGAAAAAGCUUGACUACCACUGGUAUAAACAGAGAUUACUCUGCAAUACCAGCACUGGCGGGUAGGGGUCAGUGUGUGUGGAGACAGGCAGGGAUAGGAAGUUAGGACAGCAUAUCCCUCCCGCCUAUCUCAACUCACUGAUCUGCAGGGGGGCAGCUACAGAGAGUCCAGACAGCAGAGAAAGCCUACAGCUCACGGAAGUGAGGGAUGGGGGAAAGGCAGCAGGGAGACAUGGGGACACUGAGACACUAGGGACACUGGGAGACUAGAGGACACUGAGACACUAGGGGACAUUGGGAGACAUUAUGACAGACACUUGGGGGCACAGAAACACAUGGGGACACAGUGCCCCUAUGUCUCCCAGUGUCCUCAUGUCUCCCAGCCAUUGUCCCUGGUGUUUCAGUGUCCCCAUGUCUCCCAGUGUCCCCUUGCCUCCCAGUGUCCCCUAGUCUCCCAUUUUCCCUAGUCUCCCAGUUCCCCCAUGUCUCCCAAUGCCCCAAGUGUCUCAAUGUCCCCAUGUCUCCCAGACAGUGUUCCUAGUGCCUGUUGCCCUGGUGUCUCAGUGUCCCCAUCCCUCCCAGUGCCCCCAUGUCUCAAUGUCCCCAUGUGCCCAUCUCCCUCAGCUAGUCUCUAGUGUCUGUGUCCCUGGUGUCUGUGUCCCCAUGUCUUCACGUGUCCCCUAUUUUCCCUGUGUCCCCAUCUGUCCCAGCCAGUGUCCCCUAGUCUCCCAGUGUCCCUGGUGUCUCCGUGUUCACAGGUCUCCCCGUGUUCCUAGUGACAUGGGGACCCUGGGAGACAUGGGGACAUAGACACAUGGGAAUACUGGGGGACACAGGGAGACAUGGGGCAUUGAGACACUGUGAUCCAUAGGGACACUGGGAGACAUGGGGACACUGAGAGACACUGGGAGCAAUCCAUCUAUACAGCAGAAUCAAACCAAGUAUUUUUUUGGUUAUUUUACAGCAUUUUCUCUUGUCACUCCUUGUGAUUUACAUCAUGUGUUGUCACCUGUACAUAAUUAAUUAUGCAAAUUAGUAAGGUCGGUAUGUUUUUCCAAGAAAGAUGGCAACCCUAACUACUUUUCACAUACUCUUGCUUAAGUAUGGAAACUUAAGAGGGAUGUAUGGGAACAAAACUUGUGUGGACUGGCUGACAAUGAAUAUAGUUUAGGUAAUGCAGACGUUGGUCUCUCUAACACUGUGGCAUGUCCCCUUUCUUCUACACUCACUACCUACAGCUUUUCACUGUCCCAGGUCAUAUACCAGGAGCUUCUGCUUGCUAGUAAGAAGGUAAGGAGACAAGUGGACCAGCGAGUGCUAGGGGACAGUCCUUAGAAAGCGUUGAGUGAGCGCAUCAUUAGAUGCAUUUAUGCCAAGCUCAGGGUGCUGUCUGCAUAGUAUGCCCUUAGUUGGCCAGCUGCAUGAUUGGCAGGCAGCCUGACAUGCAUUCAUACCAGGCUGGCCUUCUAAUUCUUUGAGCAGACAUGUCCUCUUUUUGGGCAUGUUCGCCCCUUUUGGCAGGUUACAUGAUUUGUGUCAGUGGCACACCCUUUUACCAUGCCCAUUGACUUCCUGCUUGACUGGACACUGCUGUUAGGAAUUAUGGAUUUACUUGAAAGAUGAAAACAUAAAUUAGAGAGAGAUUAGCCUAGGGUAUGUGUUUUCUUAUAGCUGCUGUUUUCUAUCUCUCCAGCACCAUCUCCAUCAGAUACAUGACGCUUGGGAGUGUUUUUGGUCAAUCAGAUUCUGUAAUUAGGCCCUUCAUAAUUGUCAGCACCAGGCCCACUGGGUUCUUAAUCUGGCCCUGCCCGCGUUCAUUAUAUAUUGCUGGCUUUUGAUUAAACCCAAUUUCCCAAUAAACUCCCAUUUCCUGCCCUUUAUGCGUAACAUUCUGCAGUGAGCUUCAACAAACCAGGAAGUGGCUGAGCCAACCAUGAUACUUCACGUUCUAUAUCCGUGCUAAGUGCAAACACCUAUGGUGGACACCCAGGAUUUCUGGGAGUUGCGGUUCCAUUAUCAGCUUUCUACUUUAAGAUAACUGUAACGCCAGAAUUAGAUAAGAUGUAGCUCAUUGCCUUAUGGAGCAAAACUGUUUUUUAUUAAAAAAUAAAUAAAAUUUAAAUGACAAAAUGAAUGGAUAAUUUAUGUGUCCCAAAAAUUAAAUCGCUCUGCACCCCCUCUGUGCUAUUUUACACCUGAUCAAUCCGGCUAACGGUCAUGGGAGUUAUUGUCCAGCUUGGGGUCACAGACAAAAUACUGUUACUAUAAAAAUGGUCUCAUUCCCUGUAUGCGGAAUUAAUACGCUCCAGGUGGGAAUUUUAUUAGCCAAUCUAGAAUCCCAAGAAUCCCUGACUGAUCAGUGGAUGUCCCUCCUGACUGCAGGGCAGCACUUUUCAUGCACUGCCUUUCAGACAUGAUCCCAGGAAAUCAUGGUGGAUGUGGCAACCUAAUGCUGAAAUGUUAGAUAUUUUAUAAUUUUCCUUCUCCGAGGAUUGAAAGACGGGUGUUAAGUAGUUUCGUAUUGGUCAUUAAAUGGACUCCGUGCAGCGCAAGCUCCCUGGAGUGUAAACGGCUUGGUUUAAUGGGUGAGUUUGUUCCCCGUUUCAGAGCAUUCACCUCUCGUUCCUGCGCACGGUCCCCCCGUACUCCCACCAGGCGCUGGUCUGGUUUGAAAUGAUGCGCUUGUUCCACUGGAAUCAUGUGAUCCUCAUCGUCAGCGAUGAUCACGAGGGGCGGGCCGCCCAGAAAAGGCUGGAAACUCUCCUGGAAGAAAAGGAAUCGAAGGUCAGUGUUUCUCCUUUACCCUCUGACAACAAGUAAACUAAAACCUCCAAAUGUUCCAUGUAUGUAGAUUCUGUAUGUAAAAGACAUGUUCCUCUCAUUGUAACAUGACACACUUAAUGCUCACACAUCUACUGUGUCUCCCAAUUACACACUUUGUACUUUCUUCAUCCCAUGUGCUUUGCCAUAGACCAAAAAUCUCCUACGUGUAAAUCGAUCAACAAAAGGGAAUAGCCUGGAGCUUUGCAAAUAAAUACCCCCACCCUGGCCCCCCCAGCCGCCGCAGCUCAGUGAUUGGCUAGGAACAAAUUGUCUGUUACUGCUACUUUGUACUGUGCAUCCUCGCCGCUAAGCUUCCCUCGCUAUGACAUCAGCAUUCUGGACACAUGCCCAUCUGAAACAUGCUCAGCCAGCUUUGCAGACAUUGACCAUGCGAUAAAUAUUCCGCGCCUGGCAGCUCCGAGCUUACGGAGAAGAUGCACGGUACAGAUAGUCCAAACCGUUAGACAUGGACAAUGGUUAAUCCUGCCGUCCAUCGAGGCUAAAACAAAAUGCCGCUGUGACUACUCACAGCCCCUAGAGUUGUAUGGCGUUUCAUUUCACACGUACACCUGAUAUAAAAAAAACACAUAAUGGAGAAUGGGGCCCCGCACAGUGAGAAUGUCCUCUCUGACCGACUCACACCAUCAGAUUCCGCACCAGACUGUCAGGUCGAUCAUUGUAAGAUAUUACUAAAUAAAUAAUAUACUUACUAUUACUAUGGAACUCCGUUCCCUGCUCCGACCGACUCUCAUCCAGUCUCAGUCCCUUCAAUAGAUCAUUAAAACCUCUUUAGCAAAGCGUAUAGUUAGACUGUUAAUAGCUUUACCUCUCCGCUACUUAGUAACCCACCCGGUAACGGUGUUAUCCAAUAAACUAAUCCUUCAUUGUAAGCUGUUAUAGUAACCUACUCUUCCCCGUACAUGCAAUACACCUACCGUUACCUCUUGUGCCAUUUUGCCUCACUCUCCUUAGAAUGUAAGCAGGUUUGAACAGGGCCCUCAGCCCUUCUGUCCCUGUGCGCCCAACUCGGCUUGUUACAAUUACCUGUCUGUUAGUCCACCUAUUGUACAGAGCUACGGAAACUGUGGGCGCUUUAUCAACAAUAAUUUUGUUUACAAGUAAUUAACUAGGGAAUGUCAAUGUUAGAAUCGCAGAGCUGAGCUGAUUGGACAAUUCUUGCAAGUAGAACAUUAUGGUGUAAAAUUUGUCACUAUCCCCUCAAAAUCUACCCUUGAAGUUAUUAGCCCCCUAUUAACUACCCCCAACUAGCAGGCACUAUCCCCCAACUUCUACCCCAACUAGCAGUCACUACCCCCCAACAUCUACCCUAAUUAGCAGUCACUACCCCCCAACAACUAGAAGUUAUUAGCCCCCUAUUAAGUACCCCCAACUAGCAGUCGCCAUUUCCCCAACAUCUACCCCAACUAGGAGUCACUACCCCCCAACAUCUACCCCAACUAGCAGGCACUAUUCCCCCAACAUCUACCCCAACUAGGAGUCACUAACCCCCAACAUCUACCCCAACUAGUAGUCACCAUUUUCCCAACAUCUACACCAACUAGCAGGCACUAUCCCCCCAACAUCUACCCCAAAAUGCAGUCACGCCCCCCUCCCACUGUAUAUCCUCUAUGGCCCAGUGUGGAGCAGGCUUUGUACCAGGUCACGCCCUGGUUAGUGAGACGUAGCUGGAUAUUGCUAAUAUGACUGUUAUGGAUAAUAUCCCCUUGUUGGAAGACGGUAAAAGUCGCAUUAGUGGUUUCCCAAUUUCCUUGUUAUUCAUUAAUUCUGGCGUUUGGUUCGUUCUGGACCCGAAGCCGUCCUCCUUAUUUACAGGGCAAUGUUUACAAAAUGAGUUCAUUUACUCAUUAAAAUCGUAUAUUUUCACGGUUAAACACUGGAAUAACCCGAUCAAAGUUUACACGUAACACGUAGCGCAAAGGGAACUAAAUGACUGCAGGGGAAAAUCCGUGUCCUGAUAGGCUGGCCGCUGGGUGAUGUAAUAGUGACAAAGAAAGAUAAUCAGCGCAUGAUUGACUGAUCUCUUUCACAAGCUUUAACCAACUUCAUCCUGAUACCCUAUUAGGGAAUCUGUGCUGUGAUUGGAUGAUCUCUGAGUGAUGUCAUGAGAUGACUCCAGUAAAAUAUUUAGGAAAUCCGUGAUUGGCUGACGUGUUGAUGAUGUCAGGUUAUUUUAUUCACAGUAUUAUUGGUUAGGGAAUCCAGGCUGUGAUUGGCUGAAUUGGAGUGACAUCAGGUUCAUAAACUCUUUUCACCUAUAUCCCUGAUAGCAUUUUACCAGAAUAGACUGAAUGAGAUAAAUUAGUGGUUUUUAAAUCUAAUACUUUUUUGACUGGUUUAUGUGGCCAAGUAGAAAGUUUGGUUUUCUUUAACUUUACAUAUUUCUAGAUAUUUGGUUCAAUUUCAUCUGUGACUGUAAUCAAUUUAUUAAUCUAUAAUAAUGGUUUCUAUUGUAAUUGAUAAGCUUUUCAAAUAAUCACAGUCUCUUAGAAAAACGUGUUAGAAAAUGUCCCGUAGACUUUAGUGGCGACUUAUAUAGACUAAUCAUUCGAUAUAUUAAUAUUAAAUCCAGGCCAAGGCGUUGAUCAGAUACUUCUGCAUUUGCUGCCUGCGUUUGCUAUUAUUGUUAAAAUGUGACAAAAUAACCGCCAUGUUUCCUUAACUAAACCUGCGAUUGGGAAGAAUUCAUGAGGGACCUGCAAACUUUAGGUGAAAACAGCCAAACUUAAAAAAAAUUCUCCACGUUUUUUCCAGAUAGGGUAUUUUGGUUUAGAUUAGCUGCUGUCCAGACCUGCGUGAGCGCCAGAUAAGUUAGCAGGGAAGCAGAGCUAAAUCUUCUAGUCAUUGUCAUAGGAAAACAAUCUAUUAAAAAUUCCAUAGACCUCCCUCCCAUUGGAUACGGAGCAAAUCAUUUCUGCUAUUUAAUAUAUAAUCCUCGUGAUAGUAUAAAGGGGCAAUAUACGAUUGGCUAUACCCACCCUGGGCAACAUUACAUUGGCUGGGUACCUACGUCAAGCCUUUCUAUAUAAUAAUAAAAAUAUCCGUUCGUCUCUCUUGCUUACCCAACACCCUCAGUCCUUAAAAACCCUCAGAUCUAUGUAUGUUUAAUUAAUUAAUGUCAACUGACAAUGUAUCUCAUGAAACCUUACUGAUCAGAGUAACAAUUAUACUAUUGACAUGGGAUUCUUAUAGGGAGAAUGUUAGUUAGGAAUGCACUAUUAAUUCCCAAUAGAUGGAGCUCAGUUAGAGUCCUCAUGGAGGUCGCUUCAUCCAGUAUCCGUCCUUUCUAAACUCAGAGCCCAGUGACCUCCAACACUCAUUGCUACAUUUAUUGGAUAAACCCAAACUCAGUGUUUUCCAAAUUAGUAACCCACAAAUGGGGCAUUUUAAACUAUAUUGGGACAAAAUAUUGAGACGAUGCCCAAGAAUGAUUUUAUUGAAAAACAUUAUAAUUGAAACUAUUAAAAAUAAAGAAAAACAUUUGUGACCUAAACACCAGAGAUAUAAUGAUUUCCCCCCUGUCCGGUAGUGGGUGGGAGGCAGGGGUAUGAUUACUGUAACUGUAUAAAAAAAAAGAGCCUCGAUCUCACGGUAGGAUUUCUGAAUCCUCUCCGUAUAACUAAAUUGAUCAAUAAAUAGUCUUUUUAUAGUAUUAUAAAACAUAUUGAAAAUGCUGAAAUAUUAAUUUAAGUAUAACAUUUUAUCCAGAUCACACAGAUCAAGUGACAAAGAGACUAUUUAUUCAAGUUUCUCCCCAAAAUAUGUAUAUCACUGGAUGAUUUAAGCAACCAUGCUAAUUUUGCUAAAAUAAUAAACAGCACAGUGUGAAAGCCUUUAAAAUAUUGUAGCCUCUCCAUAAAAAAAAUGCACGUUCUUUAUUAAUAUUAGUUUUAGAAAUUUCUGCAUUACCAUAAAACUGCAUGAAGAUGUAUGUGGAUGUACGGAGUUUAAUAUCACGAUAAAACAUUUUCUAAUUAAUUUAGAACUCUGAAUUUCCAUGUUGUAUCCAAACCUCCUUGACUAUGCUGCAUUCUUAUGCUUAAUUAAAAAGAAGCUCAGACGGUCAGAGACAGAAAUAAUAGUGAACAGAAAAAAGAACGUCAUCAAUAAACCAUCCAAACAUCAUCAAUAAAUCCACACCAUCGAGCCGGGUCUUUAAAUGAAUCGUUCAGAUAAAGGGUUAACUCAUUGCAUGUGCUUUAGAGGUUAAGUCCCGAGCCUUCACAAUGCGGCAUGCGUUUAUUUUUUGCAUUAUAAAAACUGAAUAAAACAUAAUUUGCAUCUUCCCAUAAACACGGAACGUCAUAAUUUGUUUCUGCAUUCUAGUAACUGAGUUGCCCUAAAGCAAUCACUAACAUAUCAUAUGAUUUUUUGCAAGCUCCAGUGUUAUUAUGACCCUUUAGCAGAGGUGGAGAGAGGAGGUGGAUGUUGGAUUGCUUUUCUACACGCCAUUUUCAACUGUUUAUAAUAUUCUUCUGUGUCUACAUAUUUUCCCUGUGCACAUUAUUCAUCAGACUAAAAAAAGGAACUAUGAAAACCUCGAACAACUUUCCUAUGACAACAAGCGUGGACCCAAGGUAUAUAUGCAUGGAAUAUGCACGUAGCCCACCAAUUCUAACUAGCCACAGACACCCCAAAACCAAAAACAAUACGAUAUUCUAAAUUUCCCCCACCUAAAUUGGGUGCUCCAUGACUGUCUGAUGUCGAAUACUUUGUGCAAUCCAAUACUGGAUUGGACAAGAGAAUGGAAAAUGUAAGUUAUCAAUCUACCCCUGCAGUAAACUCUCAAAUCUUUGAUGCUGGAGGAACCUGUAGAUAUUGCAGAAAUAAGAAAAUAAAUGAAAAAAAAAAAUACACAAAUCUCCGGGCCCCUCCAGCAGAUAAAGUAGGAAUGCAUGUGAGCCAAUGAAAUUAACCUGCAAGCCUUUCUUAUUUUUAUUUUUUCCUAAAAGAAGAAUAAUUCUGCAGUAUAGGAUUAUCAUAUUUUUUUAUUCUUUAAGGUCAAACCUCUGAAAAUAAAUAAUAAAAAAAAGAGAGCAUUUUUCUUUUUUGAUUUGUGAUAUUCUUUUUGGUUUUUUGUUUUUGGGAAGGAGGACACUCAUUGGAAUUUUUAAUUGCAUUUACAGAGUUUUUUUCUUCUACUAUCUAUAAAAUGCACGUGUUUUUUUUAAAUCUAUAUAUUUUUUUUUUGUUUUGUUUUUUGGGUCUUGAUGGACUUCAGUUUGCAUGCAGAGUGCAAAAACAAACAGAGAGGAAAAGAAAAAGAGAAAUGAAAGAAAUAUUGGACAUAUAUUAUGAUGUCUAAUCCUCUGUGUGUGCCAUGUUUAACCUUCUUUUCUUUAGAUAGCUUGGAUCUCUCUGUGACAGGUAUGUGGCCUCUGUGCUAAUUCUAUUUGCUCACACUAAUCACAGGCAGAAAAGGUACUUCACUUUGAUCCUGGGACCAAAAAUGUGACUGCACUUCUAUUAGAAGCAAAGGAGCUCGAGGCUCGAGUUAUCAUCCUGUCUGCGAGGUAAGCUCAACUGGGGGAUUGCAUUUAGAAUCCUGGGAAACUGCGCUCGUUCGUACGGAGUGUUAGGGACAUUUUAUUAAACUAUCAGUAAUGAUUAGACUACUAGUCAUUAUUUCAUGUAGAAUGUUAGGGUACUGUGCUUGUACGUAUGGAGUGUUACAGGAACAUUUUAUUAAACUAUCAGUAAUUAUUCAAUUAUCAGUGAUUAUUUCACGUAGAUUGUUAGGGGUUGCAAUCAUAGAAUGUUACAGGGACAUUUUAUUAGACUAUUAGUAAUUAUUUCGCGUGGAAUGUUAGGGGUGGCGUUCGUAGAAUGUUACAGGGACAUUUUAUUAGACUAUUAGUCAUUAUUUCACAUAAAAUGUUAGGGGUUGCGUUCGUACAUACAGCAUGUUACAGGGACAUUUUAUUAGACUAUUAGUAAUUAUUUUGCGUGCAAUGUUAGGGGUUGCGUUCGUAGAAUGUUACAGGGACAUUUUAUUAGACUAUUAGUAAUUAUUUCAUGUGGAAUGUUAGGAGUGGCAAUUAUUCAAUUAUCGGUGAUUAUUUCACGUAGAUCGUUAGGGGCUGCAUUCAUAGAAUGUUACAGGGACAUUUUAUUAGACUAUUAGUAAUUAUUAGACUAUUAGUCGUUAGUUCACGUAGAAUGUUAGGGUUGGCGUUUGUAGAAUUUUACAGGGUCAUUUUAUUAGACUAUUAGUCAUUAUUUCACAUAGAAUGUUAGGGGUUGCGUUCGUACAUACAGCAUGUUACAGGGACAUUUUACUAGACUAUUAGUAAUUAUUUUGCGUGCAAUGUUAGGGGUUGCGUUCGUAGAAUGUUACAGGGACAUUUUAUUAGACUAUUAGUAAUUAUUUCGCGUGGAAUGUUAGGAGUGGCAUUCGUAGAAUGUUACAGGGACAUUUUAUUAGACUAUUAGUCAUUAUUUCACAUAGAAUGUUAGGGUUUGCGUUCGUACAUACAGCAUGUUUCAGGGACAUUUUAUUAGAAGACUAUUAGUAAAUAUAGGAAAAAACAGGUCGUAUUUGAUCACAUUUUCAAUGAGUGACUGCAUUAUCAGAUACUGAUUAUUAAUUGGGAUGUAUCUUUUUGUAGCAUGAUUACGUCUCUGUUAAUUUGUGGUUUCUAAUCAAAUAUUUUUUAAUUAUUUAAAUAUUUAAUUUAAAUAUGCAGUGAACAAUGGCCGGGUUAUUCGUGAAAGUGAGAAUUUAAAGUGAAAUCGAAGCGAAUGUCAAAUUUAAAGCCAGACUAGCUGAUCUGGAUGCAUCGCUGAUUUAGAGAACAUUUUCUGUUCUGCUAUUUAUUCCUUGAAUCUGAAAUUCACUUUGAAUCCUUACUUUAGUUAAUAACCCUGGGGUUUAAAAAAAUGACAUCAUUUGGUGGGCAAACUAAACAAAACAAUGACCAUGUCUAAACUAUUCGGAGACCUCUAUCCACCUCUAUUUUUCGAUUCACAAUGCUCGGUAUUCACGCAGUUUGGUUUACAAUUUAUAACAUAUUUCAGUUUGUGCAGAAGGCUGCGUGAAAUGCUGAUUGACUUGAACCAUUUUAUUUCCAACUUAGUUUUUAUGUGAAAUUUAAAUAAAACUGUCUUGUGUCCAGAUAUUUUAAAAAUUCAGGUAACGUUUCCAGGCUGUGUCUAUGUGUGCGUCGAUUUAUUAUACGACAGCCAGACUUGUGUUGUAUUACAGGAUAGAAGGUUUCUACGACAAUGUUCCCACGUGCCGUUUUAUUUACUGUGUGUGUUUAUUGAAGACAAUAGUCAGGAGAGGUUUGGUAAGGAAGCAGGUUUCAUGGCCAUUAUCCUCGAACGUAACAGGCUUGUGAACAAAGAUGGCAGCCUUACUAUGCACGAAGCCAAGAUCUGCAGCAAAUGGAAUUUCUCCGGUGACCUAAAAACGCUCUGGAGUUAGCAGCCGCAUCAGCCAAUUAAGCAUAACAAGUUUUUUUGUUCAAAAUUAAACAGAAAAAAACAUAUUGCUGUAGGGGUUUAAAUGCAGGGUUUUCUUUGGAAAAACUAAAAUGACUCUUUAUAAAGUGCUUUGAUUCAGCAUAUCGAUGGGCCAAGGCCUAUUCAGAGGACAAAUGGACUCUUCAAGAAAUGCCGCUAAUGUAUGUGUGUAAAGGCACAAUCAGAUUGGGAACCAUCUUUAGUGGGUCAGAGUAUGUUUCUUAGAGGAAAGGCAAGUGUAGCGGCAGAAAAAAAACAAAUUUCAAGAUUUUGAUUGUAAAAUGACAAAAAAUCUCUAGAACCCAGAAUAAUGAUUAAAUUACUAUAUUAAAUUAGUAAGGAAUUGAUACAGCAUUAUGGUUAAUUAGAGUGUCAUUAUCCAUGCUGGAAGAAGGGAUCCGGGAUGAUUGAUGUUAAUUCUGUGCAUAAUUAAAUAGGAAAGUGCUUGCCUACAUUUGUCAAUUAGUUAACACAUAACAUUUAAUAAAUUUGUUUAAAAGCUUGCCGUUAAAAAUCAGCAAAUAAACCAAAAAUUAUUAUAACAUUCUAAAACUAUUAAAGGACCACUAUAGUGCCAGGAAAACAAACUUGUUUUCCUGGCACUAUAGUGCUCUGAGGGUGCCCCCACCCUCAGGGUCCCACUCCUGUGGCGCUGAUGGGGGAGGAAGGGGUUAAUCCCUUACCUUUCUCCAGCGCCGGGCUCCCUCGGCGCUGGGACUCUCCUCCCUCUUCUGAUGUCAUCGGCUGAAUGCGCAUGCGCAUGCGCGCAUUCAGCCAGUCUCAUAGGAAAGCAUUCUCAAUGCUUUCCUAUGGACGCUGGCGUCUUCUCACUGUGAAAAUCACAGUGAGAAGCGCGGAAGCCCUCUAGCGGCUGUCAAUGAGACAGCCACGAGAGGCUGGAUUAACCCCAGUGUAAACAUAGCAGUUUCUCUGAAACUGAUAUGUUUACAGCAGGCAGGGUUAAUCCUAGAUGGACCUGGCACCCAGACCACUUCAUUGAGCUGAAGUGGUCUGGGUGCCUAUAGUGGUCGAUUAAUAGUGUAGAGCAAAGGCCAAAAAGAAAAAUGUAUAAAGAAAAUAAACAAAGGACUAUUGUAGAAUAAUCCUAAUUAUUACAGCAUGAGUCCAAGUGUAAGUAAUUAGUAGUGUACAUUCAGAAAUGCCAGUGAAAAUGAAGCUGGCAAUACUAAGAGACACAAAGUAUGAAUAGAGUAACUAUAACCACUAACUAUAGUUAUAGUAUGCUAUUGUAUCAGUUUCCCUUGAAACAGGAUCUGGCUUUACUGUGGGCUACCUGCCCGUAUUUAUGCAGGUCUCCCACUUGGUGGACACUCCCCUAUGGGACCAAAUGGGAGACUGAAAUGACAGACAGAUAUGGGGACAUUCCAGACACACAGUCACAGCUUUUACCCACAAUGCAAUAUGGUUUCCCAAAUAUUGCUGUUCACCAAUCAUCCUGUGAGUUGCUAAGCUGUGCCUUCAAGGGCACCUAAUCUGAUCCUGUUUGACCCUGAAUGCGGAGCUUCUGUCUUGUUAUUGGGGGGAUUUAUUAUUUGCGUUUAGAGACUGCUGGAUAGAACCGAAAGCCGCUUGGUGGAUGUUAUUGUUCGGCGGCUAGCAGCAGUUCGUGGAGUUCCGUUCGGGAGGUUGGAGCCGUUCAAGGGUCCCGGUUGGGAGAUUGCCGCUUCCCCUGAGUUUGGUUCGUGCACUACGGUUAUGCGAACGGAGAUUAUUGGUAUUGCAGAAGGGGAAGGUCGACUAAACGGCGGUUUCGUUUAAAGACACCAGGGGUGUCUUAACACUACAUACAAUCAUGAGAGCUGAUUACCCCAUACCACUAAAUAGAUCUACAUCAUUGCAAUACAAAAAUAUAACAUUCCAUUACCGCGUAUCGACAUGGACAAAAUGAUUGCUACAUACAAUCAUAAUACAAAAAUAUAACAUUCCAUCACCGCGUAUCGACAUGGACAACAUGAUUGCUACAUACAAUCAUAAUACAAAAAUAUAACAUUCCAUCACCGCGUAUCGACAUGGAAAACAUGAUUGCUACAUACAAUCAUAAUACAAAAAUAUAACAUUCCAUCACCGCGUAUCGACAUGGAAAACAUGAUUGCUAUAUGCAGUGUCCAUAUUUUUUUUUUUUUUUUUAUUCUUUAUUUAUUUCAUUUUCAAGUAAAAAAUGUUCGGGUAAAGGGUACAGAAGAUAAAAAAGGGAAGGGGUAGGGGGUUAGCAUGUUGCGAUAUUCCCGUUGCAUUUAGUCAAACACAUGGUCUAUUGUGUCUAUAUACCCCCAGUCUCGGGGCAACCCUGUUGUGGCUGAAGUCCGCUUCGGGGGCAGUGUCCAUAUUUAAAUCAUCCUAUCACGUCUUUAGGUUCCCACGGGUUCUCACUCUGGACAAAUUUUCAAUCAAUCAGAUUUCACUCACCUCAUUGGACGAUACGAACAUGUUUCGGUUAGAAUCUCCCGAUAUAUAACCUAUCUGUCACAACGGUCCUAUCCCCCUUGAAGAGCCGCCUUACCGGCGAAACGCGUGGCGGGGCUCUGCUCUGCACUAUACUCUAUAACGAUCACUUUAAGACAUUAGUUUUUUUAUUAGACCUUAGACAUUAUGUCCUCUGCAAGAGAGAUGGCAGGGCAUUUACAUGACUUUCCUUUUCCCAAAUUAGUGCCUUACCUUAGACUAGCAGACAGUCUCUUAUACAGAUUAGGUGCCCUUGAAGGCACAGCUUGGCAACUCACAGGAUGAUGGGUGAACAGCAAUAUUUGGGAAAACAGUCAUACAUUGAACAAUCCGAUUCUUGUACCUGACACGAGACUUUCAGGCUGAGGUCCUCUCCUAUAGAGUGUAUAACCUAGCACAGUUACACCGAUAGUUCCCUUCAAGGGAAACUGAUACAGUAGCAUACUAUAACUAUAGUUAGUGGUUAUAGUUACUCUAUUCAUACUUUGUGUCUCUUAGUAUUGCCAGCUUCAUUUUCACUGGCAUUUCUGAAUGUACACUACUAAUUACUUACACUUGGACUCAUGCUGUAAUAAUUAGGAUUAUUCUACAAUAGUCCUUUUUUUUUAUACAUUUUUCUUUUUGGCCUUUGCUCUACACUUUUAAUAGUUUUAGAAUUUUAUAAUAAUUUUUGGUUUAUUUGCUGAUUUUCAACGGCAAGCUUUUAAACGAAUGUAUUAAAUGUUAUGUUUUAAGUAAUUGGCACCUGUAGGCAAGCACUUUCCUAUUUAAUUAUUAGGGAUACCCACUUUUUCUUGCCACUGUUAUCGUGACACUCUGAGUUCCUAUUCCUUUACCCAUUAAAUAAAUUCUUUGCAUAGCUCAUAUCUGUUACGAGCACGCAAAGCCUCCAAUGGCGGCACAGGCCUCCCUUAACGUGGCACAAGCUCUCUGGGGCAUCCCAUCCAAUUGCCUGGAGGACGAUCUGGCUACCGACUGUUUUUUGAUUGGACUAACCCUUUACAAUGACUUCACACGUUAUGGCGUUGAAUGUAUCUCUAUAGCAGCUCAUAUUGUAAUAUUUACUUGUAACAAUUGUAGCAAGUUUCAGCAUGUACCACACGUUCCCCUCCACACAUUGUUUGCCCUCUGUCCCUUUACUCUGAUCAGAUUGUUGGGUGUAAACAAACCAAUAACAUUAUCUUUUACACCUCAUGUUCCCGCAGUUAAUUCCAAUAUAUUGAUUGCGGUUUGUUAAUCUUCAAUGUUAAAUAAACAAAAAGUCCAACUACUGGGUAAAUAAGGACUGUGGGCCAUGUGUGCCGACCCCAGGCUAGCGUUACAAUCACCUUGUCAUUGGAAGGUUCACUAUAAGGUUCAUGGGAACAGUUAUGUGGCUAUAUACAUAUAUAGACAUUUCUGGGUUGAAUGGGCAGAUAUGACCAGAUUAAUUCUCAUUCUCUGCCAUUCCUGUGUUGCUGUGACCUGCUGGACCAAAGACAACUGAUUGACAUCAAGUUCUCUUACAUCUUUGGGGGUUACUUUGUGAAGCCAGUCAAGGUACAGCUGUGAGAAGAGGCUCUUGGUGGAGCCUGAGACGGGAACAGCGCUAGAAGGUGAAAGUCUCCUUCAAACAAACCCAGCGGAACAGGAGAGGAUGUACCCAGCCAACAUGGAAAGGCUCUUCUUCAGCUCUGGAGCCCAGGGCAUCCAGCACUGGAAGAAGGUCUGAUGAGCUGUCCAGUCUCCCAGUGGGUUUGGCAGCUUCUUAGUGGAGGAAGACACUAAAGGCACAGUUCAAUGUAGCUCAUUUCCCCAAGCGGCAGAAAGGGAUGAAACGUGGCAGUCUAUGAAACGUGGCAGUGAAGCGUGGCAGUCUAUGAAACAUGGCAGUGUAUAUGUAUAUCUCUAGUGCUGCACCGUUCCUGUGGAACUUCCUUCCCUUUUCCGUUAGACGCUCACCCAGUCUCCACAAAGAUUGUGAGACCAAUGUGUCAGGAGGGGUAAGACUGGUGCAUGUAUCCUCGCAUAGAAUCAAUAUGGCGGCUCGGUGGUGGGGCUCACACCUACAUUCACAGAGUCAGCAUUGAUGGCCUGAAACAGAACAGAUGAACAAAUGCAAGUGGCACCUUAUAGCCACGUGACCAUGACAGAGAGAGGGCUAAUUGAUAUGAGAGUGUCCCUACACAGUUAUAAUACAUACAACGACCCUGUAUUGGGUAUAAAGCCUCGGACACGCAUGGGUUACAGGGAGGUACAUCUGUAACUCAAUAUCUUCACCUUUAAAACAGAUUAAACAAAGAACCAUUGGGCUGGAGCGAAGAACCAGAAAAGCAGGUUCCUGACUGUUUAUUGGAGAUAAGACAGAAAAAAGCGCCACAUAAGAAACACAACCAAUAAUCUCCCAGAUGAUUUCUUUCAUUUAAUACCAGUUCUGACAGGGGCCAUAAUUUCAUAUUUUUGGAUAAGCUCUUCAAACAAUCACAAUAUGUGAGAAAAACGUAUUAUCUACAAAUUCCAUAGACGUCAAUAGAUAAAUCGUUUGUAUCGUUUUUCAAACAGAUUGCGAUCGUUUAGAAAGCGGAUUGGAUUGAUGCCACAGUGCUUUUAUAACGCAAACCAUCUCUGUGAAACCCUCGCCGCCGUCUGAAAAGUUCUGCUUUGCAUCGUGCCGCCAGGUUACUGGCAAACUCGCAGAUAAAACGCUGGCUUUAUUCGCCAAACUGGAAACUAUGAAUAAUUCACAUCGUAGGCCAAAAUGCCCCAACUCCAUAAUAAUGCCGUUUCCCUGGUCCAUUUCUCUGUGCUGGAAUAGAGGCGAGUUAUAAAACAUAUUAUAUAUUACAUCGGAGCUAUAACGUGCACGUUCCCAACGCUGGCUCUCAGACUGGGUUUAUUAGUAGAAAGCGGAUGUUAUUUUAUACUAUGAUCAGGCCCGUAUUAUGCACUGCGCUAUGGAACAUGUACCGGGUCUGUGAAGGCAGAUGGCGUCAGCGUUGGUUCCAUCUGAUGUCAGUAUGUCUCUCUGUAUUCUCUUCCAGUGAGGACGAUGCUACAUCUGUCUACAAAUCAGCCGCCAUUCUGGAAAUGACGGGAUCCGGCUAUGUCUGGCUCGUGGGGGAGAGGGAGAUAUCUGGAACCGCCUUGAGAUAUGCCCCUGAUGGUACGGUCUGCUCCCCAAAAACUCCUACCUGCCCUUUAUAUGGGGGACCCCACGUUUAGUUUACGGGUGUUACGUGGUGAGACGCAGGAAUUCCGGGCGAAAUACUUAUUUCUCUUAGUUCACCAUAGCCACUAAAACCUGACAUUUGUGCCGUAUCUGGUAAAUCCAUCCCAGGUAAGCGCUCUCCCCCUCGAUUUCAUGUAGAAAUAUUCUAUCUGCUAAUGAAUUUGUGGUAAUUAUAAAAAGAACCUCAGCCAAACCUCAAAAUACAGACUGCACUCUCUGUAUAGUCACAACGCUCUCUGAAUAGUCACAGCACUCUCUAUAUAGUCACAGUGCUCUCUGUAUAUUCACAGCGCUCUCUAUAUAGACACAGCACUCUCUGAAUAGUCACAGCACUCUCUGUAUAGUCACAGUGCUCUCUGUAUAGUCACGGCACUCUCUGUAUAGUCACAACACUCUAUACACAGCGCUCUCUGUAUAGUCACAGCACUCUCUAUAUAGUCACAGCGCUUUCUGUAUAAUCACAGUGCUCUCUGUAUAAUCAUAGCACUCUCUGAAUAGUCACAGCGCUCUCUGUAUAAUCACAGCACUCUCUGCAUAGUCACAGUGCUCUCUGUAUAGUCACAGCGCUCUCUAUAUAAACACAGCGCUCUCUGAUUAGUCACAGCGCUCUCUGUAUAGUCACAGUGCUCUCUGUAUAGUCACAACACUCUCUGUAUAGUCACAGCACUCUAUACACAGUGCUCUCUGUAUAGUCACAGCACUCUCUAAAUAGUCACAGCGCUCUCUGUAUGGUGACAGUGCUCUCUGUAUAGUCACAGCACUCUAUGCACAGCGCUCUCUGUAUAGUCACAGUACUCUCUAUACACAGCUCUCUCUAUACACAGCGCUCUCUAUACACAGCGCUCUCUAGACACAGCGCUCUCUGUAUAGUCACAGCACUCUCUAUAUAGUCACAGUGCUCCCUGUAUAGUCACAGCACUCUAUACACAGCACUCUCUGUAUAGUCACAGCACUCUCUAUACACAGCGCUCUCUAUAGACGGUCACAGCUCUCUCUGUAUAGUCACAGCUCUCUCUGUAUAGUCACAGCACUCUCUAUACACAGCGUUCUCUAUACACGGUCACAGUGGUCUCUAUACACAGUCACAGCGUUCUCUAUACACAGCACUCUCUAUACACAGCCCUCUCUAUAAACAGCCCUCUCUAUAAAAAGCCCUCUCUAUAAAAAGCCCUCUCUAUACAGAGCUCUUUCUAUACACAGCACUCUCUAUACACAGCACUCUCUAUAUACGGUCACAGCCCUCUCUAUACACAGCUCUCUGUAUACACACAGCGCCAUCUAUACACAGCGCUCUGUAUACACAGCACUCUCUAUACACAGCGCUCUCUAUACACAGCGCUCUCUAUACACAUCACUCUCUAUAUACGGUCACAGCCCUCUCUAUACACAGCCCUCUGUAUACACACAGUGCCAUCUAUACACAGCGCUCUGUAUACACAGCACUCUCUAUACACAGCGCUCUCUAUACACAGCACUCUCUAAAUAGUCACAGCGCUCUCUGUAUGGUGAGAGUGCUCUCUGUAUAGUCACAGCACUCUCUAUGCACAGCGCUCUCUGUAUAGUCACAGUACUCUCUAUACACAGCACCAUCUAUACACAGCGCUCUGUAUACAUAGCACUCUCUAUACACAGCACUCUCUAUACACAGCACUCUCUAUACACAGCGCUCUGUAUACACAGCACUCUCUAUACACAGCGCUCUCUAUACACAGCACUCUCUAUAUACAGCGAUCUCUGUUUCCUGCAGGUGUUAUUGGGCUGCAGUUAAUAAAUGGGAAGAAUGAAUCUGCGCAUAUCAGUGACGCGGUGGCCGUGGCGGCCCAGGCGAUACAUGAACUGUUUGAGAAGGAGAAUAUUACGGACCCGCCGCGGGGCUGCGUUGGAAACACUAAUAUCUGGAAGACUGGACCUCUCUUUAAAAGGUGAAAAUAAUCAAUAAUCACAAAUAAUAUAUUGAUUAUAACAUUUCCAUGUUCUCUAUCCAUGUUUUCUGCACGCCAUAUUCUCUUAGGUUGCAGUGAAUGGCGCUAUCGGCUGCAGAUCCUGCGGACAUUGCCUACAAUCCCUAUUCUAAUCACUUUUAAUAGAGAAUAGAGACAGGGGCAGUAAUUAAACUACUAAACUCUCCUGCAGAAAUGAAUUAACCCAAAGCAGAAAACUGCCCCAAUUAACCUCUCUGGCUCCCUCUGUCUGUGAAGAUGGGGAGCGCGGGCCCUUAUUGGCCCACAGAGAAGACAAGUAGAGAAGGCGUUAAUAUCUACUAAAAGCUUUCAAACAAACAUACAAUACCAAUUAAAGUGCACCCUAUAUUAUCAAGUGUCAAUGUGCAAGAUACCAAAAACAAUCAUUAGUGCAAUUAUGCCAAACUCCCUCCAGAGACAGAAUUCUUAGUAAAUAACUGGACCGGCUCAGAUAGCAGAUUUUAUCCAAGUCACUCGAUAUAAAAACAGGUAUAGUGUAAUACAGAACAUUACUGUCCGCACUAUAAAUGUACGGAUGGAAUGCCUCUCGCAGAUAACGAGCAGCACGAGAUAUUGAGAGCACUGAAAGGUUCGAGUAGACUCAUCGGAGAAAGAGCUCCUUAUUGCCCAGUUUGAUAAUCGUUUAUUUGGCAAUUAUUUAUCCAUUCUACACUGGGACAAAGGAACUGCAAACUUUAGGCCGUAAUAUACCCAAAUGGUCAGAUUCUCAGCUACUUCUCAUCUUUGGCUGUUUUGACCCUAUAUUUGCAGACCCUUAGUCAGUUCGUCCUGAAUGUCAGUUUAGUAAAUAAUCCACAGUUAAAGCACCCCAUCUCUCUCUUUGCUGUUAGCACAUCCGCCAAUAUGAGCAGUUAGUGGAGCAAAAGGUGGUUUCUUUAUUUCCGUCAGAGAUAGGAAACACACGUGAAAUCUCGAUCGCUGGUGUCAAACAUUUGUCGCAUUCUUUAGUACUGGCCAAACAAAGAAUGAGAUCUAACCUAACUUCCCGUGUGUCACGUGUCAUUUCAGGGUGCUAAUGUCUUCCAAGUACCCCGAAGGGGUAACGGGGCGUGUGGAAUUCAAUGAGGAUGGAGACAGGAAAUUCGCCAAUUACAGCAUUAUGAACUUACAGAAUCGCAAACUGGUCCAGGUCGGGAUUUUCAACGGGAGUCAUGUGAGUCUCUGGCCAUGAUAGUGUCCAAAGAUAACGCAAGGGGUGGAGUCAGCGAUAAGCCACGUUUCCAUUAGUUUAUUAGCACAGCUUCCACUCUGAUCAGGUCUUAUAGGGGCCUUUCACAAAACGAGAGAGUCUGCCAUGUCUGUAUCAGGUGAUUGUACAGCACUACGGAAUUUGCUGGCGCUAUAUAAAUAAUAAAACAAUAAUAUCAGUUCACACGUGAACAAUUUAUCUUUAUGGAGAUUUAUUCCAUCUUAUUAUUAACCCUCACCAGUAACCGUUUAAUGAAGAGAACAUGGAAGAAAAAGUCAAAGUACAAAUAGAGAGAAACAUGUAAAACAAGUACCUGUGCCAACGUCCGACAUUGGACAGCGGUGUGCCCAUCGUAUUGAGGGGUAAUAGGAUGGGGACACCAUGUGUCUCAGGUCACCCCCGGCUGGUCACUCUGAGAACCUGGGUGUCAGAGAUCCUUGGCGUUCCAGCUGUUUUAUUUUUUAUUUUAUUUAGUUUUUUGGUUUUUUUUGCAUUCCUGUUUACGCUGAAAUCUCCUUCUUGGAAAAUUCUGUAAAUAUCUCAACAGAAGCGUAACUGAAAACCCCCCCAAUUUACUAUAGAAAUUGUCUCACGUGAUAGGGGUAAAUUUGUACCUGAUUUAAUCUGUGAUAACAUUGCUGUAAUUCUUGGGAUAUUUGGCUUUUAAUUAAUUUAUUAGAACUUUAUUUUGCGAAUCUAAGUUAAGUGAAUUUUCAAACUCUUUUUCAUUUAGUGACUAACCAAAGUAGAAGCUACAGAAUUUCAAUUGACUUUUUAGAGGGCAGACUUUGUUGUUUCCAGAUCACAGCUAAACAUCUUCAGAUAUUUUUAAUCACAGAUCAAGGUGUAGGAUUAGUACGUUUUGUGGUGUCACGUAUCUGGGCUCAAUGUGUCUUAGAAAAGUAAAGAUCAGAGGCUUUGAGGCAGUCGGCAAUAUAGAGUCGAUGUGCUACAUUUAUAUUAAAAUUCACGGUCUCAUUCUUGUAUUUAAUACCCGACUUUCUGAACCCCACAGAUUUUGCAGAAUGACCGUAAAAUAAUCUGGCCAGGAGGUGAAACAGAGAAACCGCAAGGCUAUCAAAUGUCGACUAGACUGAAGGUAUAAUGGCCAUAAAAUCCUGUGGAGAUAUAUAUAACCUGUAUGAUAUUCUGAGUGUUUGUGAUCCUUUCCCCCUUUACAUUCUCUAUGAUCUCGUCCUCAUCUAAUUUUCCCUCCUGAUGGUUCGUAUUAUCUGUCACUUGAAUGGUCAAUUCUGAGACCACUCUAACCCAACAUUUGCAAGUCAACCCCUGGGUGCUCAAGACCCACCCAUGAAGAGCUGUUGGAGGCUGGCUGGUUGUCUCUGGGCCAUUGGGGCUCAGAAGGGAUGUGGCAGGCAAGGAUAGGAGGGGAGAUUCACCCUGAGAUGCUUCCUCCUGCUCGGGUCACCAGGAACACAGAAUAUUACUUACUCGGUCAACUAACUUUUUCUGGAAGGUGCUACCCAGCUGUAUGUAGACUUCAUGUUUUCUUGGUGUGGAACCCAUGAACAUAUGACAGCACUUCCUGUGAGAUCAUUGGUGAUUUUUCACCUGCCAACGUUAGCUAUCACUUCCCCGAAGUCAGGGCACUGAGGUUUAGGCGCCAUGGGCGGGGCCAUAUAAUCACAUGAUCACCUACAAUGGGAGCUCCAGGCCAGUGGGUAUAUUUUAAUUCCAUACUGUCCAGUUAAGUGGUCUGAAUAUUCCUACAAUCCAUCUGGGUGCUAGUACCCACACUGCACAUGGCAUCCUCACCAUGUUCCAUCUGACGUCCACCCCACGAUCCACCAGGCAUCUUUGCCACACUCCAUCUGAUAUCCACAUUACACUUCACCUUGCAUCAUCACCAUGUUCCAUGUGACGUCCACCCCAUGCUCCACAUUACACUCCACCUGGCAUCCUUGCCACUCUCCAUCUGAUAUCCACAUACACAUCACCUGGCAUCCUUGCUACUCUCCAUCUGGUGCCAUCCAACACUAUAUUUGUGCUCCUUACCUGUGUCCUGGAUAGUGUGACGUGGCAUCCUCCAAACCGUCACCACUCUUCUAACCCAUCCACAAACUGAGCGUCUCAGCAUGCUAUAAGGAUGUUGGUGAACAUGGCGCGAAAUCUUUGAUUUCUGGGAACGAUGCAGUUUAGAUCGAUAUUACAUCCAGUGUGUUAACUCCACCAUGUUAAAUCCAGAAGCAACAUCUGGAAACCUGAGCUGAAAUGAGGAUCAAUAGACUCUGAUUGAUUAGAAUAUUGGCUUCGCUUCCAGUAAGAGAAUCGCUGAUCAGCUUUUCCCGGAAUCCUACUAUAAUUAGUAAAAAUGUCAAUGAUUAUUAGGAAAUACAAAAAAACUUGCGUAAAUCCUAAAGUGCAUAGUUUUGGGGUCCGAUGAAAAGAUGCAUUAUGGGGCUAUUGAUACGCUUAGUAUUACAGAGAUGCCCUCUUGCUGUUGUAAUGAGCAGCAUACUCUAUAUGUGACAUUUAAUAGCUCUCGUUCAUUGUCGGUACGUAGCAACAAAUUCGCAAUGGAAGUGGUACAGAGGGUUCGUCAAAUCCGAUCGUAAAGACGUCAAUCCAUUGCACCUCCAUAAGAGUGUCGUAAUCUUCCAUCGAAUAAAGAGUGGCAAUUUACUGAAAUGCUGCACCUUCGUGUCACGUAAACCCUGCUACUCACUAAUUCAAACCAUUACAUGGUGAAUUAAUUUUUUUAUCAUUGUAGUGUUGCCGUCAUAUUCGUUAGGAACGUCUGAGCUGGUCCUAUAGGUUCUACAUUAUCGUUGACCAUUAUCACCCAGUUAGACCGUCAUCAUGCCAUCCCGGGACCUCGCUGACCAUACAGAACAUUUCACAUAACUUCUGAGUUUUUAUUCUGCAGAUUGUUACCAUACACCAAGAACCAUUUGUGUAUGUGAAGCCCACAAUGUCUGAUGGCACUUGCAGAGAGGAAUAUGCUAUAAGUGGGGAUCUGAUUAAGAAAGUAUUUUGUAACGGGCCCAACGAGACCGUCCCAGGUAAGCCUGGUGAGUGAGAAUGACAUUUGCAGCUGAAUUCAAGAUCUUUUUUAUUUUAUGUGGUGGUGGUGGACUUUUUUUGAAACUCCUUGGGUCGUUGGGUGGUGUGGAGAGGGAUUAAGUGAGUCCUUGCUUUGCUCCUGGGUCGUGAUGGACCUGGAGAAUAUGUAUGAUUCCGAGAUGACCAAGGACAUGACAAAACGUAAUGAUUGCUAAAAAUGCAAUAUUUCAACAGACACGUCUUAAUAUGGGUCUCUCCAAGGUAGACCUCAUUCUUGGCCAACAUUAAAAACAUUAAAAUCAUCAAUAAAAUGAUUUUUUUCCCUCCCCAUUCCCACAAACCACCCAACAUUUGAGGGACAUUGCUCUCUCUGAAUCUUCAUUUUUAAUAAAGUAAUAAAGGGCAUAUUGUAAUAUAUAUUAUUCAGAAAAUAUAUCUGGAGAAUGUAUUUUCCAAUUAGGAUUUAUUUGCUAUGCCAGGAAUUGUGAGGAAGGAAAAUUAGGUCAACACAGACAAGCUUAAAGGAACACUCCAACAGUUAAACAUUUAGUUUAUUUAUUUUUUAACAAAUAAGCCCCAAUGAAAACUUACAUGCAUUUAAUUAUGUUUUUUUUCAUUGAGGGUAUAUCUAAAAACAGUUUGUAACAGCUACAGAUCUCUUGUCUGCAACCUAUGUAAGCCCUCCCUUCUAACCCCGCCCAGACUUUCUGUGGCUGUCCAAUCACAGACCUCCUAAUGCAGCUCAAUGAGAAGUCUUUGCAAGGCAUGUGCUCUGGGCUAUUGCUGCCUCUUGAGUUUAGCUCCACUGAGCUAACCAAACCAGGAAGUAACAGGGCCGGGUGUCUGAUUGACAGCCAGGGGGAGUAACCAGGUUAAUUUAUAAAAGUGCCAAUUUCUAUUGAAAUCUAGACUUUUUGUAAAAUGAAUAAAGAGAACACGCUCUUCACACAUAAAGCAUUUCAGCAAGCUAAACUGCUUCAGGGGUCUGAAGUGACCCUUUAAACAUUUUCCGAGUUGCAGAAUUUUCACAUUCUGUUAAUUUAAGAGAUGUUGCUUUGACUGUUUUUUAAAUAAUCGCUCAGAUUAUCAGAUAUUUUUCUCUCCUGCUUUGUUUACAGGUCGUCCCACGGUCCCACAAUGCUGCUAUGGCUUCUGUAUCGACCUGCUCAUUAAAUUAGCCAAAGAAAUGAACUUUACAUAUGAGGUGCAUCUAGUAGCUGACGGUAAAUUUGGGACUCAGGAGCGGGUGAGUAAAACGUGCACAAUGUACAAAUCUUGUUUAUUUUGUCAUUUUAAAGUUCUCUGGUUAACCAGUAAGAUUAUGAUCAACUUCUGAGGCUUGAUGGAAGAUGGGAGAUAGUUUGGGUUGUGAAGAUACACGGGGGGGUGGGGAGGGGUUACAGAAUAACAAUUAUUCAACGAUUCCAAUCACUGAUAGACUUUGUUUGGCCAAUCCACUGCCUUCGAAACCAAAAUGGCAGAAUUUAACGGAUGUGGUGGCUCAGCCAGUCUGCCAAAAAAGUUUUGUGAAACAGAUCAGACGAGACAAAAGGACACGAAAAAUGGGUCAAUCAGCAUACUGCAGAAUAUACACACAAUAUACAAACUAUAAUACAAUAUUAUGGAAAUAUAUUGCAAUCCACUGAUAGGAGCAUUUUUUGGCCCUUUUGAUUCACAGAUCAAGUGAGAAAAGGUAGAGGAGCAGUUAACCCCCCAAUAUUUAUAUAUCCAUAUAUGUUUCAAUAAAUAAUAUAUAUAUAGAGAGAGAUUUUAUUGCUUUUCCUGUAAUGAUCACUUCUCACUUCAUUUGUGAAUAAAAUUAUAAUUUAGUGGCUAUCCCCCAGCCAAUUGCAAAUCAAACAAACCUGCUCGUCCAUGGCUGUGUUGUCAUUAAUCUUUGUUUUUUUGGGGGGUAUAUAUUUCUUUGGGGUAAUAUGUUAAUGGUGUGUUCCUUUAAUGUCUAAUAGAACACAUGUGUUUCAUUAAUAUGAUUUCAUUUCUAAUACCUGCCAGUGUUCCUGUGGCUAUUUACACAGAUGUUCUGUUGUUUUUAAACCUAUAAUCAGCUUAUAUUAAGCCGGUAAAAGCAGACUUUUUGACAGAAGUCGUUGAAAACUAAGAGGGGGGGGAUGAAUUCAUAAAACAUCCAGAAAUAAAUGUACGGCUACGCUGUGACUCUUCCAGGUCAAUAACAGCAACAAGAAAGAGUGGAACGGCAUGAUGGGAGAGUUACUGAGCGGACAGGCAGACAUGAUUGUGGCGCCACUAACCAUUAAUAACGAACGGGCACAAUACAUCGAAUUCUCCAAACCAUUUAAGUAUCAAGGACUCACCAUUCUUGUCAAGAAGGUAAAAUUCCACGGUUUAUUAUUUAUUUUUUGGGAGUAGGUGAUAAUAAAACAUCUGAAAUUUCUAAACGCUUUUCGCUGAAUUUAUCACCGUUUGCAUAAAAAUAUUAUAUGAGACAUGCGCUCACACGUUAGACAAAGGAUGGACUGCCAAAGAGAAAGGACAGUUCCUCAGUUGAAGUCUGAGAGCUGAAUCAUAGCGUGUGGUUCUUACAUAUUUCCAUAGUUAUAGCCCUCCCACCGGGCAGGGAGACAAGGUGCAGAGCUAUAGCCAUGCAAAGUAGUUAUGGUGUUUAGCAGACUCUUCGACUUGGAUUUCUAAUACCCGCAGCAUGACAUUUGCACAGUCGUUAUUCGGCAUGUGCUACUUUACCCUUAAAUAAGACUCGGACACCGUUAAUUCUGUUGGAGUACAAAGUCCACAGCUUUAUUAAUUAAUUAUAAUAAAUUAACAUAAUUUAGGGUCAUUGUCCUACUAAACAUUAUAUUACUAUACCCCCACACAGUCCCCCUGACAAUGACCCUACCAGUUGAACAAUAAAUAACAACCAAAUAACAUAUAACUUGAAACACACGGCCUACCAAAGAGGCCCCAUAUCAUCCGGUUAACUGUAGGGGUGUACCUCGGACACCCCUACACCCCCAGGUUCGUAGCCACCGAAGAGCUAGAACCAACCAAUCUUUAACUUCAUCCGGCCUAAACCUUGGCCUGUCCAGUUCAAAUUCCACGCCAAAUUCCAAUAUUUACAACGCCCUGUUCCGCCGCUGUGACCAAACGGAACUGCAAAACUAGGGAGGGUGGGUGGGACAAACUACAGGUAAGAGAGGCCCCGGUUAAAAUGGCCCCUAUUCUAAAAUGGCUUCUUUUUAUACUCCCACUCCCCACCCCCAGACUCCAUUCCUAAACCCGGCCCACAAACUAAGCCCAUGCCCCCUCCCUGGCUCUGUCAAGGCCCACUCCCCCUACUGCGUUGCUCCAUGGGCUUCAAGACUAUGAGUGCUAAUUCCUAGUGAGUUUUCUUGCUAUAAGUUUUUUGGUCUUUCUUCAUGGAAUUGACUUCUUUAACACGACCUCCGUAGGCAGCGAAUCCCAUAACGUGCGGCGUAGAUCUUGUUUGUAUGCAGAACUCCAGAUUAUUCUCUUAUAUUGCAUAGUCUGUGAUAGAGAGGUUUAUGAUUCGCUUUGUAACGUGUUGUAUUAUCUGGCAGGAAAUUCCAAGGAGCACGCUGGACUCAUUCAUGCAGCCGUUUCAGAGCACGCUGUGGCUUCUCGUUGGGUUGUCCGUCCAUGUAGUAGCCGUCAUGUUAUAUCUUUUAGAUCGAUUCAGGUCAGUCGUUUCAUGUUAAAAUGGUCAAUAUUUUAUAGAUCUUAUGAUGUGCAUUUAUUAUUAGGUAAAACCAACCAUGUUCUCUACUGAACUGGUACACAACGUCUGCACACAAUGCAUGCGCAUGCUCGCAACGUAUAGAUGCAGAAUGCCUAUAAGCGUGUGCAUGCACAUUGCAUCCAAUGCAUGUUUAACGUAUGACAAUGUAUGUGCAUGACUGAGCCAUUUUGGAAUUUUUAGAAGUGGGAGAGAAAAGCAGAAAGUUUAUUAUAUGUUUGCGAAUUAAGGAUGAGUCUUUCCUACCUUUUAUCUAAAUCUAGUGAAAUAAUAAUAUUUGUAAAGUUUAUCUGUAUUGGAAGAUCCCUGGCCAAUCAGAUCCCAUGUGAAUGGCGUUUACCGUGACAGGGCGGGGGAUGGUAAUCCGUGGACAGGGGUGGGUGCAACUGGCCCUUAAAUUCCCCAAAACUUGUCAUGGCUUUAAACAAUGAUUACUCCUGUCAGGGGGCUGAGACUCCCACCCUGAGCGCUGAGCACAGAUUAAUAACGUCUGUCUGUCUUUUUAGUCCGUUUGGUCGUUUUAAAGUAAACACAGAGGAAGAAGAGGAAGACGCACUCACACUGUCCUCCGCAAUGUGGUUUUCUUGGGGUGUCCUACUGAACUCCGGCAUAGGAGAAGGUGAUUUAUUGCUCCAAAAUAUAUAUCUGUCUGUCUGUCUAUCCAUUAUCUAUCUAUCUAUCCUCUGUCAUUCUAUUUAUCUAUCUCUGUCUGUCUUUCCAUCCGUCCAUCCGUCCUAUUACGGAGAUAGUUUUUUAUUAUUAAGGAGAUUGAGUCUUAUUAUUACGGAGUGUAACGGCACCGCCAGGCAUAAAAGGGUUAAACCGCCGUUUAGUAGAUCUUCCCCUUCCAGAGACACAGGCACAGCUACGGCAGAACCCCAAACUCCCAAACAGGAUACCAAGUAGCACUCCAAACUCCCGAACUGGAACCUCACGAAUAGCUGCUAGCCGCUGAACAGGAAAAGCACCCAAGCCAGGGCUUAUACUCCUGGCAAUCAGUCUCUAACAGCAUACAGUAAAUCCCCCCAAGAACGACACAAAGCUCCAUGUUGAGGGUCAAGUAGUGAAUAGACAGAGCUGUGGGUUUAUUGUUCUUAUGUACACAUUCUUACACAUUAGUACCACCCACAGGGUUUUGGAAAACAACCAAUAAACAUGUACAAUACACUCAGACACUCCCACACGAAAUCCUCCCCUCUGCCUGUGAUACAAUUACCUUACACAAUGGGUAAUGUAAUUAUCACAGGCAGAGAAAUACAGUUUUUCCACAUUAUUCAUAACUUGAAAAGUAUGCAUCACAUUCACAUACUUACAUUUUCAGAAUCAGCAUACUCCAAAUACGAACAUAUGUCAAAAUCAUACAAAUUGGUCCAGUGGUUCAAAAGAUAGAUCGAAGUCCUUUGUGACCAAAUGAAGCAUGGCUUUUCUGCCCAAAACCAGUUCCACAGAGUCUUCUAUCCUGGAGAUAAUUGGGAAGUAAUCCAAUUAUCUCCAAGGACAGAGGCAAAACUCCAUUGAACACAUGGCAGCAAAAGACAAUAAAACACAUAAAAACAUAUAACUGUGCAGCCAUUGCACAAAACAGGUACAUUCAACAUAUCCCAGAUAGCUCAGAUCUGAGCGCACAUUAUUACUGAAUGGCGCUCAGAGCACACACAUACAGUUCAAUUGCCAUGGAGCCAAAGUCUUUCCCAUAGUCUUUCAUUAUACGAAUGGGCUCCAUGGCAUAGCUAUCUGGGGUAUCACCGCUCAAACAGGGCAAGCACCGAAUGACCCGGCUUUUUAGUGUCUUUGCAGGAAAAAAUCAAGUGUUUCAACAUGGGGCCAUAGUCUAAAGGCAGCAGGCCAGCAACCAGGCUCCUCCAAUGCACAGUGGCGAGAUUGGUCUCGUCACACGGAGAUUGUGUCUUAUUAUUACGAAGAUUGUUUUUUAUUAUUAUGGAGAUUGUGUCUUAUUAUUACGGAGAUUGUUUUUUAUUAUCAAGGAGAUUGUGUCUUAUUACAGGGGCUCCGCGUAGUUUCUCUGCCAGAAUUCUGGGGAUGGUUUGGGCUGGAUUUGCUAUGAUCAUCGUAGCCUCCUACACUGCCAACCUGGCUGCCUUCCUGGUGUUGGACAGACCAGAGGAGAGGAUUACAGGGAUUAAUGACCCUCGAGUAAGUCCAAAUCCUUUUUAAAACGCAAGUGCGAUUUUAAUUUUCUUAUUUUUAUUUAUACAUGAUUUUUUUUUUUAAAUAUGUAUUUACAUUUAUCUAUUUGUUCUAUUCUACUUUUUUUCUGUGUGUGUCUGUGAGGUGCUGUGUGAGGGGGCAGUGCGUGUGAAGGGUGCAGUGUGUGUGUGAUAGGGCAGUGCAUGUGUGAAGGGUGCAGUGCGUGUGUAAAGGGUGCAGUGCAUGUGUGAUAAGGCAGUGCGUGUGUGAGGGGGCAGUGUGUGUGUGAGGGGGCAGUGUGUGUGUGAUAGGGCAGUGCGUGUGUGAUAGGGUGCAGUGCGUGUGUGAAAGGUGCAGUGCGUGUGUGAGGGGGCAGUGUGUGUGAAGGGUGCUGUGCGUAUGUGAAGGGUGCAGUGUGUGUGUGAGGGGUGCUGUGCGUGUGUGAGGGGGAGGUGCAUGUGUGAGGGGGCAGUGCGUGUGAGAGGGGGGCAGUCAGUGUGUGUGUGUGAAGGGGCAGUCAGUGUGUGUGUGAGGGGGCAGUGCGUGUGUGAUAAGGCAGUGCGUGUGUGAAGGGUGCUGUGUGUGUGAAGGGUGCUGUGUGUGAAGGGUGCUGUGUGUGUGUGAAGGGUGCAGUGCAUGUGUUAAGGGUGCUGUGCGUGUGUGAGGGGGGUAGUCAGUGUGUGUGUGAGGGGGCAGUCAGUGUGUGUGUGAGGUGUGUAGGGUGUGUUUGUGUGUGAAGGAUGUAUAGGGUCUAUGCUGUGUGUUGGUGGGUGAGAUGUGAAAAUUCCUUCUUCUUACCUUUUACCAGGGAGUGAGGACAUAAUGCUGAAAGCCCUGGUGGUUCAGUGGGGUCAUGUUCACUUUAAUUACAGUUCCUUUGGCUGCAGGCUGACUCUCCUGUCCUCCGGUGCGCACAGCACUGUAUCAGAGAGUUGCCAUGGAAACAUGUGGCAACGCUCCAACCAGUCUGCUCGCGGGAGAAACACAGAGCCUACCAGGUCCUUCACUCCCUCGGAUAGAACUAAGUGCCAGCGGGCUGGUGAGCCAGCAGGGGAAAUGAAAGGAUCUCCCCUGCCGGCCUUGGCCCAUGGCCAUCAAGGUCCACAGGGUGUUUUCUGCAGAACCCACCAACGCCCACCUGAAAUCCAAAACGGCCCACUAGUGGGCGGUAGGGACCAGGUUACCUACCCCUGCUCUAGUGAAUAGAACUCUGCUCUAUGAUCAUAACUCGGGGGCCGAACCCACCCUCGUACCCCGGCUAGGUUUGCAGUUUACCAUUUCUUUCUGGACACGUAUGAGCUCUGCAUUCUGUCUGCUGGGAUUGAAAGUUCUACCCACCAGUCGAUGGAUUUCACAUUCUCCCAGUGUGGGACCCAGUAAUUAAUCGGAUUGAUUCAUUGCUGUCUCACCAGGAGCACACAAAUCACGUUAACUGCCAGGCAGAUCUAUGAAGCCCUGCACAACAGAAUGCAGAAUUCAAAACUAACCUCAUUAGUCACUAAACUGAGAAUUUCAAAUUUAAGGUCAAAAUAUUCAAACUGGAAAAAUUCUAUAAACCAGCUGUGCUUGCAGCUCAACCACUCUAACCUUAAACUUGAAAUGAAUUCUCCGUUUAGUGACUAACCCUGGCGUCUGCUAAGAGUAAGUGUAAAUGUUUAUUUUAUAAGAUCUGAUAUAAUAAACUGCUGCAGGGUUUAUUAAUGAUAAUUUAUCACUCAGCGGAUGGGGGGCCGCACUAUGCGUUAUCAGUGGACACACCGUCCUAUUAAUGAUAAUUUAUCACCCAGUGGAUGUGACAAUAUCUGCCCAGGUCUUCCUAUCCUCGAUACAUAUUUACACAGAAUAAAGUGAUAGAGUCUCCGCUCACACAAUGGGUACAGGUCCAGCUCCCUGGAGACAUAUAAACACACUAUAUUUACUGUCAAUUAGUAACCGUUAUACUAAGUGGGGAUUACAGAGUAUUCAUUACACACAGCUAAUGUCAGGAAGGAUUAUAGCGACGCUCCCAGGGCUGAACCACUGCAGGUUUAUUUUACAGCUUAUUGUAACAUUACAGCUUAUUGUAUUAUUACUGCUUGGUGUAUUAUUACAGCUUAUUGUAUUUUUACAGCUUAUUGUAUCAUUACAGCUCGGUGUAUUAUUAAAGUUCAUUGCAUCAUUGCUGCUCGGUGUAUUAUUACAGCUCAUUGUAUGAUUACAGCUCAUUGUAUCAUUACAGCUCGGUGUAUUAUUACAGCUCAUUGUAUUAUUACAGCUCAUUGUAUCAUUACUGCUCGGUGUAUUAUUACAGCUCAUUGUAUUAUUACAGCUCAUUGUAUCAUUACAGCUCGGUGUAUUAUUACAGCUCAUUGUAUCAUUACUGCUCGGUGUAUUAUUACAGCUCAUUGUAUUAUUACAGCUCAUUGUAUCAUUACAGCUCAUUGUAUCAUUACAGCUCGGUGUAUUAUUACAGCUCAUUGUAUUAUUACAGCUCAUUGUAUCAUUACAGCUCGGUGUAUUAUUACAGUUCAUUGUAUUAUUACAGCUCAUUGUAUCAUUACAGCUCGGUGUAUCAUUACAGCUCGGUGUAUUAUUACAGCUCAUUGUAUCAUUACUGCUUGGUGUAUUAUUACAGCUCAGUAUAUUAUUACAGCUUAUUGUAUCAUUACUGCUCGGUGUAUUAUCACGGCUUAUUGUAUUAUUACAGCUUAUUGUAUUAUUACAGCUCAUCGUAUUAUUACAGCUUAUUGCAUUUUUACUGUUUACAUCAUUACAAUAAACUGUAAUGGUACAAUAAUCAGUAAUAAUAGAAUAAGCUGUAAUGAAAUAAUAAGCCGUAGUUGUUAGCGUGCUUACAGUGUCUCUUUAAUUCUGCCACCUUAACCAGUUAUUGUGCCAUGGUAUUUUAAUUAGGUCGAUUUACUUAAUAUGAUAUCUGUUUCUGCUGCAGUUAGACAAUAUAUCUUACAGAAUUCACCAGCUAUUUGUGUUGUUGCAAAGGAUCAUGGGAAGAGUAAGUCAAUUUGCAUGAAAUUCCCCGUCUCUGCCUUUUCAGAAGUAUAGAACUGUAUUUGAAAUAUAAAAAAAACUUUAGCCAAAUCACAAAAAAAUAAACAAUACAAACCAUAAGUACAUUAUUUGGUAAUGUCUAUGUCCUCUCCUGAUAUUUGCCGUUUCUCUCCCCUGCAGCUACGAAAUCCCAGUGAUAAGUUUAUUUACGCCACCGUCAAGCAGAGCUCGGUGGAUAUUUACUUUCGAAGACAAGUGGAGCUCAGUACUAUGUAUCGACAUAUGGAGAAACACAAUUACGAGAGUGCGGCAGAGGCCAUUCAAGCUGUGCGUGACAAGUAAGGCGAAUUUCUUCCUUCUGGCAGGCAGGCCAAAUAUCCCAGUAAUGGGGAGUCAGGGUAACAAUGAGAUCUACUCCACUAUUCCUCAAUGCCAAAAAUUGUUAGAGUUUCACUGAUUCCAUGGAUAGGAGACAAACAUCUAAUGGCUAGGUUUAGAGCCUUUCUACAGCAGGGUAGUAGCCGUACAAUGGUAAUGGUGGAAGUCUUCCAGUGGUAAUAGUGGGAGUCUUCCUACAGCAGAGUAGUAGAUAUACAGUGGAAAUGGUGUGGUCUUCCAGUGGUAAUGGUAGGAUUGUUCUAGUGGUAAUAGUGGGAUUCUUCCAGUAGUAAUGGUCAGAGUCUUCCAGUAGUAGGAUUGUUUCAGUGGUAAUGGUGGGAGUCUUCCUGUAGUAAUGAUGGGAGUCUUCCAGUGGUAAUGGUGGGAGUCUUCUAGUGGUAAUGGUGGGAGUCUUCCAAUGGUAAUAGCGUGAGUCUUCCAGUAGUAAUGGUGGGUGUCUUCCAAAGAUAAUGGUGGGAGUCUUCCAAAGGUAAUGGUAGGAGUCUUCCAGUAGUAAUGGUAGGAUUGUUCCAGUGGUAAUGGUGGGAGUCUUCCAAUGUUAAUGGUGGGAGUCUUUCAAUAGUUAUGGUGGGAGUCUUCCAAUGGUAAUGAUGGGAGUCUACCAGUAGUAAUGGUGGAAGUCUUCCAAUGGUAAUGGUGGGAAUCUUCCAGUAGUAAAGGUGAGAGUCUUCCAAUGGUAAUGGUGUGAGUCUUCCAGUAGUAAUGGUGUGAGUCUUCCAGGAGUAUUGGUUCCAGUGGUAAUGGUGGGAAUCUUCCAGUAUUAAUAGUGGGAGUCUUUCAGUGGCAAUGGUGGGAGUCUUCCAAUGGUAAUGGUGGGAGUCUUCCAAUGGUAAUGGUGGGAGUCUUACAAAGGUAAUGGUGGGAGUCUUCCAGUAGUAAUGGUGGGAGUCUUCCAAUGGUAAUGGUGGGAGUCUUCCAAUGAUACUGGUUGAAGUCUUCCAGUAGUAAUGAUGGGAGUCUUCCAGGAGUAAUGGUGGGAGUCUUCCAAUGGUAAUGGUGGGAGUCUUCCAGUAGUAAUGGUGGGAGUCUUCCAAUGGUAAUGGUGGGAGUCUUCCAGUAGUAAUGGUGGGAGUCUUCCAAUGGUAAUGGUUGAAGUCUUCCAGUAGUAAUGAUGGGAGUCUUCCAUUGGUUAACACAGUGAGGGAGUUUAAGCAUGCGUGGGAUAUGCAUAAGGCUAUCCUAAACUUAAGAAAGAGCCAGGGACUAAUGAAAGUAUUUAUAAAAUUGGGCAGAUUAGAUGGGCCGAAUGGUUCUUAUCUGCCGUCACAUUCUAUGUUUCUAUGUUAGUACUAUUUGUGCAUUAAUUCCCAUGUUAUGUUUGUUCAUUGCGCCUUGUAAUGGUUUGUUUUCCCAUCUGACCCUCAGUAAGCUCCAUGCAUUUAUUUGGGAUUCCGCUGUCCUAGAGUUUGAAGCAUCACAGAAAUGUGACCUUGUUACCACGGGGGAAUUAUUCUUUCGCUCUGGAUUUGGAAUUGGAAUGAGAAAGGACAGUCCAUGGAAACAGAAUGUAUCCCUAAAUAUCCUCAAGUAAGUUCCUUAAUAUCCCUUUUUUUAUCCUUCAUAUCUCAUCUCUAUGUUUAGGUUUUAUACUGCUUAAUACUGGAUAUAUUCAAAGUAUUCAUCCCCCUUGUGAAUUACACCGACCCCCCCCAGGCUUCGACCAGUCUUCUUUCGGGGGUUCUCAUACAAAUGCAGACGAAGGCUCCCCUGGCUGUUAGCAUAUGAAUGUUCCCCUGUUCAGCAGUUUAGGUCUCCCGAACGCCGUUCUCCUAUGGUUCGGAAGUUGGAUGGGCAGCGUUAUCAGUUUACCGGGUGUUCGCGGACUAGAGUAGCCGAAAUUAGUUCCAGGUCGUCGAUGACCAUGAACCGCUGCCCACAUUCGAGAGACAAAAUGGCCAUUUGUUUGCACACAUGCUUACGGUAAUACGAACGGCGGCCACACAGGGAAAACACUUUCUUUAACAAGCAAUUUGCGGUUAACAGCCAGGGAUGGUUGGUUGUUAUAUGAUGCCAACCCAGGGACCACACAGAUGGGGUUUGGUAAACGAGUGGGGGGUAUGGACAGCCAAACAAAGGGAGUGAAAAGGGGUAUUACAAUGCUCAUUCUGCUACACUGCUCCUCCUUAACCACAAGUCGGCAUACACAGUGUGAUCCUAUUUGCAUAGAAUUCACACUAGCCAUCCAGAUUUCUUCUCAAUAUCGGGGGGCUAACCCGGGGGUGGUGAUUUCCUGUACUGGGCUGGCUGACACCUCUAAACUUCGAUCUUUGAUUAGCAGAUAACUCCCUUAUUUGGUAUCCUUAUGUGGGAUUGCCAUAUUUAAGGGCACCAAAUAAGGGAGCUAUCUACUAAACGCAUACACAUUUAUAUGUAAGCUCAUUGAGCAGGGCCCUCCACCUCUCUGUUCCUGUACGUCCAGUUGUCUGGUUACAAUUACAUGUCUGUUAGUCCACCCAUUGUACAGCGCUACGGAAUCUGAUGGCGCUAUAUCAAUAAUAAAAUAAUAAUAUUCACACACAACCACAGAUAUAUACAUAAUCACAGACACACACACAAUCACAUACACACAUAAUUACUGACAUACAAGGACAUACAAGGAAUUCAAUGUUUGUCUUGUUUAGCUAUUGUACAGCGCUGCAGAAUGUGUUGGCAUUAUAAUUGUGACAAUCAUAUACCUCUAUCUUCCCUUUAGAUCCCAUGAGAAUGGCUUCAUGGAAGACCUAGAUAAGACCUGGGUCAGAUACCAGGAGUGUGAUUCUCGCAGCAAUGCCCCAGCAACACUUACCUUUGAGAACAUGGCAGGUGGGUGUGAACUGAGGGUUCCGCGGUCUGCAGUGGAAGAAUGCCACCAAACGACACAGGGCUAUGCAAGGUUAUAAUACAUAAUAUGAAGGGAUUUAUAAAGGUUCAGCAACACAGAAUUCCAGGAAUUUCUCCUGACUGUCCAUUGAUAAAUUCAUUAUGGAGUGAGACUAGCUAAUCCAGAGACUGCUCGUCUCUUAGAGUGACUCCAAUAUAGGUGUAGGCCGUGGUUAGACAGACAUUUUUUGACAUAGACUGUUGAUCAGUUAGACCAACACAAGUGUAGGCCGUGGUUAGACUGACAUUUUUUGACACAGACUGUUAAUCAGAUAGACCUCUAUAGGUGUAGUCCGUGGUUAGACAAUUUAUGACUAUUGAUCAGAUAGACCGUAAGAGGUACAGACCAUUGAUGAGGCAGAUUGUAGACCUUUGGGGAGCCAGACCUUUAGUUGUGAAGUAAACCUUUAGACGCAUAGACCAUUUUAUGUCCUCAAUUUUUUGGAAAUAGACUUUAUCUGAUAAAUCUUACCAAUGGUUUACAGCUUGGUGGUCUUGACGUCUCUUCUGAAGAAUGUUUUUUUCCACUAAUGUCACCUUUAUCUCCUCCUGCUGUAGAUCCUCUAAACAUUGGUGGGCUCUCUUAGUGCCUCAAACCAUGUUACUGAACAAUCAGGUUCUCUUAUUGCUCGGAACCAAGGAUUAAUAAUGUAUUCAAACUCCUCCUGGGUUAAGCUAACAAACAAUCAAACUCUUCUGACGGGGGUUUCUCUUUUUUCCAGGGGUCUUCAUGCUGGUGGCUGGAGGUAUUGUUGCAGGAAUCUUUUUGAUAUUUAUUGAGAUAGCAUAUAAGAGACACAAGGACGCACGCAGAAAGCAGAUGCAGCUUGCGUUUGCUGCGGUUAAUGUGUGGAGAAAGAACCUGCAGGUAUGACAAAACGUUUUAGAGAAUUAAGCAGGUGCGUUUUUGGUUUCACUUCUGUGGGCAGAUCUGAAUCAUUCUGUGAAUUACUGGGUGUUUGGUUAGACGGACAUUACUCUCCCUCCAUUUCACCGUGAACUCUGGGUGUCUCCAUGUAACCGUGCGUUCACUGGUCGCAUCUUUAACACAAAUGAACUUCUCACUGUCAGACGGGUGGGUGACCCAUUCUGUCCCUCCUGACACUGAACGGGUCAUUUUAUAUUACAUCACAUUGUUUUCAAAUAAAAUAAUAUGUUGUGAACAGGCCCAAGGGUAGAACUGCAGUAUUACUAUAAUGACUAUAUUCAUAUUCUAAUGAUUAGAAAUCGUUUUAUCUUCACACGGUAAUGAUCGAGGCAGCAGCUAUGGAUAAAACCAAUUUUUUUUUUUUAAUGUCUGGGGUCUCCCUGAGCAGCCAACUCUCACACAUCAAUCUGUGUAAAAUGAAAAGUGUACAGAGCACUCACCUGAAAAGAGGUCUCCGUCUGACAUUUUCUUAUAUUAAAUAAGGAUAGAUUUUAUUUAUGAUAUUUCUGUCUAAACGGAUAAGUUAGCAAAUUCCUGUAAUAGUGAGAUUAGUUACUAAUACUCUUACCGUGUCCGUUAAAUAAAUAUGUAUUUAAAAUGUCCCAUUGUUAGUCAUUGAUUCACGGAAUAUAAAUGAAAAGACGAAUUGGGGGUUUGGGAGUUGGAGAUUUUUCGGGUACUUUGUAAAGGCCUGAGUUUUGCAGUAUAAUCCACCAAACCUGAUUUGAUGUGGUCCCUCUAAUACACUGUGCAUAGUAUGGGGUAUUUAAACUGACUGCUCCCUCUCAUAGUACAUUUCUUUAAGCCUUCCAAAUACAGACGACAAAGAUAUUCUCUCGAUAUUAACAAUGGGCUAUGGUAUUCCUUUUUUAUGUUUUCUCGAUGUCCUCACUCGUAGAGUUUUAGGGUCGUCUUCUGAGAUGUCCCGUAAAAUGAAAAGCGAGCAGACACUUGAAAAUUUCUGUAUGAAGUUCCCUCUCUGUCGAACACCCCAGUAAUACUGCAGCAUUAUCCUGGCUCCAGGCUCUGAUAACGUCAGAUAUACAGGGAUGCUUAUUAAAUGUUGAAUAUGCCGAUGAUUUAACUCUUCCUUUUCAGCCUGGGCACACAGUCAGUAGUGAUAAAAAUGACUUCAUUUCAUUGAUGUGAUAUUGGACUGCACUUUAAAAAGAUCUUGCAGCAUCCCCUUGGGCUCGAUAUCUGUUUGUCCUCCAACCUAGCCCCACGUAGACCUAACGUCGAAGCUUUAGAUUUACGGCAAACAGAUAACUAACCCAACGCAGACGUACAAACCCAUUAACAAGCUGCUAUAGCAAAAUCUAGAAUUGUUUAAAGUCAAUGCAAUACUGUGCAACUAAAAUUCAGAUGGUUUUUAGUCGAAGUAAAAAGUGCAGUUGCAAUUUUCAUACACCAGAUAUUGAUCCCCAAAUAUUGUGGUGUUCUCUGACGAUCAGCUCCUGCAGACUUGAGGGCACUGAGCGGUGGUUAUAUGUCAGGCUUAAAUCAAAGCUCACCAAAUGUUCUGAGACUUAAAGGGACAAUCGCACUGAGUCAGAAACACCCAGCAAUAUCCCCAAAUACCACUCUGUCGCAAAAAAUCUACUUUGUGAUAUAGUUAAAAUUCAAAUUUUUUUUUAGUAAAAAUGUUCAGUGUGAAUGUAGCUGAACUUAAAAUGAAUAUAUUGUAUAUUGAUUACAAAGAAACCCGGUAAUUACAAAAAUUGUUUUAUAAAAUAGUUAUUAUAUUCUUCAAAUCCUAGGGAUUUCUGACUUUUUGCCUGAAUUAAUGACUGUCCCUUUAAUCAAAUAGCUGUACAAAAAAAAAGUCAAAUUCUGUUUUAUGGUGACCUACAUUUUCCUAUAAUCUCUUAAUAAUUUAACAAUGAAAAUCUUGUCUGCACUUGUACAGUUUAUUAAAUGCACAAGCCCCAGAUAGAGCCUUAAGCUCUAUACAUAGCAAAAUAGGGCGAUGAUGUAAACUGGGAUCAUAAUAUAUCUCAUUAAACUGAACACAAGCAAUAUAUCUGAUUGGAACACUGGUUUAAAAAAAUGUGCUGGUUUUAGAUUUUGUUGCAAAAAAAAAAAAAAAUGCUACUUAACGACUCUGGUCACAUUGUGUAUUUUGAUACACCGGAUCCAGAUGUCUAGAGUUUCUGGACCUCUCUCUCUGUGUGCUCCUCGGGGGAGGAGUCUGCCAGCAUCGAUCACAGCACUACAAGAGCACCACAAUUUUCACUUGCUAACCUUCUAGAAAACCAUGCACUGUGUGCGACAGGAAGCAAAUUUGAAAUGUGGAGGGUCCUUUCCAUCUUGAGGGUAUGUGAAACCUGAACUGUGAGAAGCCAUUUUACUUUAAUUUGAGGCCUUUUCAUGGGUGGAAACCUCAGCAAAGUAAAGUUUUGACACAUUACUAGAAGGAACGCAAGUGGAAAAAUUAUAUUUGUUUAAGCAAAAAUUUGGAUUUGGGAUCACACUUUGCCAUGGAGCAAAAUACGGACAUUUCAUACCAUCCAUCCUGCUUAUUCCUGUUUGUGCAUGUAAAGAAAAAAAGGACCUACAUAGACGAGACAGUAAAAUUUAUCCCAUCUGUCAUGCGCAGUCAACAGUGGAAUAAAUUUUUUUUAUACCAUGUGUUUGGUAUAAUGGAGUAGACCUCAUUCUUUCCACCCUAUCCCCCUUUUAUGAUUUCAUAACCUUGUCAUUUAUGAUGUCAGAAAGCGACAACUUCUGCUUUUUUAAUUUCAUUUGCCAUUUCUUUUUUUCUUUUUGAAAACUUACGCUUUGCGCCAAUGCACCAUUAAAUUUUUGAAUACAUUUUUUACAGAAUUUCCAUACAAAGGCCGCUCUCUAAUGCAGUCUUCUAUCUUUCUUGUGAAUCCAGCAAACAGAUCAUAGAUUCCUACAGAUUUUCUAUAAAAGGCCCAUUAGCUAGACAAGUAGACAAGUAAACAAGUAGCUCUCCGAUUCCAGUCUCUCUCUACGGUAAUCCUACAUUCACUAGAAUAGACACUUAAAUAAUAGAAACCUAUAACACUGGGACAACAAUGUAAGUUUUGUUCGUCCCCGAAGAAUCAGCUGGCAACAUCAUGCAUAAACCGUCUGUACAUCGUCUAUAUAACGUCACCUGUGGGACAGUCACUAGUUAUUGAGUUUCAUGAACUAUCCGAUGAGAUUUAAGUGUGUCCCAUACACUGUAUCAGCCAAUGGUGACCAUUUAUUUUACUGCCCACAUCUACUGACUCUACGUCCCACAUAGAAGAGACACAGCUAUGGAUGGUAGACGUCAGAAGAUAGGUGUCUGGACAAUAUUCAGGGUAGGCUUAGACGAAGGAGAGGCACAUUAGGUAUCUAAUUGCUUAUACAUAUUCAUUUUAGGAUAGAAAAAUUGGUAGAGCAGAACCUGACCCUAAAAAGAAAGCCUCUUUUAGGUCCAUCACCUCCACUUUGGCCUCCAGCUUCAAGAGACGUAGGUCCUGCAAAGACACGGUAAGAGGAAGAAGAUUUUCCGCCCUUUCUAUCUCUUUAUCUCUGGCUCUCUUGCUUGCACUUCCUUCUCUGUUACGCUCAGACUAAUUUCUUCUAUCUCCUCUGUCUACCCUUCUCCAUAUUCUUCUUUAUCUCUUUCUUUCUCCCUCUUUUUUCCAUCUUUUUUCUUCUGCCAUCACAUUGAAUGCCAAAUGCCCUUUCAGAAGCUGCACAUGUAUACACAACAUCUCAUAGCCUCAUGUUCGUCAACAGUCAGUCAGUUGGUCAUCCAAUGUACCUAAAUCUACCCGUCUGGACUCCGACAAGAAAGAUGGAGCCAGAUUGGACUUUUUUUUUUGUAAUUUCGGAGACAAUGCAUACUUUUUACCUUUGCAUUAUUGGUGCCAAACUUUAAAACCAAUACAUUUUUUUUUUCUUGUGUUUUUUCCAAGUGUUUUUUUUUUGUUUAAUGUUGUAUUCCUAUCCCAGACACACUAUAUUUUAUUUUGGCAAAGUUGUACAUCACUAAGAGUCAUGUGUGUGUCACAUGUAUUUGUAUUUUUACGUUUUGUGAUUAAGGCAUCUAAAGAGACCCUCACUCUCUCACCCACUCCCCAAAACUCCUUAAAAUUUCAAAUUGCCCAUAAAAUAAAGUGUUCCAUCAAUUCCAAAUGUCCAAAUGCAACAAUUUGCUUUGCCGAAAUUCUGAAGUUUCUUGUAGAUGAUAAUAUACAAAGUGUCGAUGUUCAUGUUACUGGUUGGUUUUCGCUGUGUAUUUACGUGUGAGUAUGUUUAAGAUUGAGAUUGUUUUGAACUAAAUCUGUCUGAUAUAUAUCAACCCAGCUCACUGUUUCUAUGUAUAGAUACACAAUGACUACUUCCCUUGCCCUCUGCUGUCUGCCACUCACCAACACACAUGCAUCGAUAUUCCUACUAAGACGAGAUGGUGUCAAGGUGUUAUAUAAGGGGUGGGGGGAUAACUACAGCAUGAUCAUUUAAUAAAAUAACAAUUAAUACCUGCUUCUAACGUAAUUUAUCAGGGAUGAUCAGUUAUUGUCCCGUCAGAUUAGAGGAAUUUUCCUUUCUAUGUAACGUAUUGGUAGAUAAAAGCACAGUUAGGUCAAAAUGUAAUAUAGUUGUAAUAUAGUUGCAAUAGUUGAUUUCUGAUAAAGAGAAAUAAUAGUGAUAAAGAUUUGCCUUUACUAAGGGUUGCAAGAUCUUUUCAUGCUUAGCUGAUAGGCAGUCUGAGAUUGGAGUAUUUUUACUGUUGUAGAUGAGAAGGAGGGUGUAUUGUAUUAAUGAAAUAAAUUUGGAAGAACGUAAUGUGGAAUCUGCCAAUUUAUUCAUGGUUAGAGGCUGGGAUUACAAUAUAUACUAUAGGAAAGAACUGAUUCAACAUUUAUUACAGAUGUAGGUAAAAAUCGGCUGUUCUGUGUCUCAAUGCUUGAAAUGUAAUAUGAGCUGCGACAUAACUCCGCCAGUCCAGUCUGUGUCCUUACAACUGCGACAAGCUCAGGACAAAUCUUAAGUCAAAGCAAAAUGUAGCAUUUAUAAGAUCAAUCAGUUAUCAAUCAGUUAUAUAAUAUAACUAACGGUAGAGAAACCCAACUAAGGAUAUCGAGGCAGAUGAAUAAUAUUUAGUGCAUUAUUACAUUGAAGGGCCCGGUGGUUAACACAGUGCUGUACGAGACAGAUGGACAUUUGACAGACAUUACACAGAGUGUGACAGAAGGCACACAGAGAUAUAUACUGACACAGACGAUGUGCACUGACAUUGUAUUACAUUAGAGCAGUGACAUAUUAUCGCAUGUAUUUCCUAUGCCAGAUAUUUGAGAAUUUUGCCAAACAAGAUGAGGCAUUUUGCUAAAAAAAAAAAAAAUGAAUAAAACAGCACAGGCCUGGUACACGUCAAUAUAGCACGGGACAUUCAGUCAUGCCGUGUCUGUACAGAGCUGCACCCAGAGUCCGAGCUGUGCUUUUAUUUGAAAUGAUUGUGUGAGUGAAUGGAGAAAGGGGGGGCAGUAAACAUGAAAGGCCCCCCCGCGCAGUAUACAUUUGCACAACGCAGAUCGGAGCAGAGGGCUUCUGUUCCUUAUUGUCCCCAGCUCAGUGUGAGAGGCUCUCAGGAAGCUCGGAAGCUGUAGUCUGUUACACAAUGGGAGCCAGCCGCUAUCUCAGAGUAUAAAUGGCUCGUGGCGGGGGUCAUGCUUCGCACAACAUGCUCAUUGUGUGUUGUGGAAUAAACGAAGCGUGUUGACAGAAUGCAUGUCACAGUGUCAGGGAGAUCGGGGCUGGGAGACAGGACUUUAAAAACAGAAAUUCCUAGCCAUUCUUGACUCCACUGUCUGCCUGACAAUGAUUGGUGUUACAGUCCACAUUAUCCAGAGUGUGGAUACCCUGAAACCAACGGGGAGAUUGCCAUACGUCUAGUAAUGCUACACUCUGCAUGAAAUGCAGUUACAGCAUCCAAUAACAAACAUUGUGAAUGCGCCUCAUUGUGUGUUUUUGUGUGUAUGUAUUUGUGUGUAUGUGUGUGCAUGUAUGUAUUUGUGUGUGUGUAUGUAUUUAUAUGUGUGUGUGCAUGUAUGUAUUUGUGUGUGUGCAUGUAUUUGUAUGUGUGUGUGCGUGUAUGUAUUUGUGUGUGUGCAUGUAUUUGUAUGUGUGUGUGCGUGUAUGUAUUUGUGUGUGUGUGUGUAUGCAUGUGUGUGUCUGGGUUUGCUACAUAUUGAUAAUUGAAGGAUUUACAUAAUGUCUUCAGUACCAAUAUAUCAUGUAUCCCGUGCUGUAAACCUGCCUCAUAAGCCAUUGAGAUAAAGCUUGUACCCCUCAUCAUGUUUUAUAAUGGAGAUGCUUUGGACUGUAACUUCCAUCAAUCUCAGUCAGCAGUUUCUCUCAUCCUAGUUCAGACAUUUCAAAUUGCUCCAUUCUGACUAAUGCUAUACUGAGAUCUCUCAGUUAUGGGUGGAGAUCUCUUUGUUACUGGUUGAGAUCUCUCAGUUAUGGGUGGAGGUCUCUCUAUUACUGGUGGAGAUCUCUCUAUUACUGGUGGAGAUCUCUCUAUUACUGGUGGAGAUCUCUCUGUUAUGGGUGGAGGUCUCUCUAUUACUGGUGGAGAUCUCUCAGUUAUGGGUGGAGGUCUCUCUAUUACUGGUGGAGAUCUCUCUGUUACUGGUGGAGAUCUCUCUAUUACUGGUGGAGAUCUCUCUGUUAUGGGUGGAGGUCUCUCUAUUACUGGUGGAGAUCUCUCUGUUACUGGUGGAGAUCUCUCUAUUACUGGUGGAUAUCUCUCAGUUACGGGUGGAGAUCUCUCUGUUACUGGUGGAGAUCUCUCUAUUACUGGUGGAGAUCUCUCUGUUAUGGGUGGAGAUCUCUCUGUUACGGGUGGAGAUAUCUCUGUUACUGGUUGAGAUCUCUCUGUUACGGGUUGAGAUCUUUCUGUUACUGGUGGAUAUCUCUUUUUUACGGGUGGAGAUAUCUCUGUUACUGGUGGAGAUCUCUCUGUUACGGGUGGAGAUCUCUCUGUUAAUGGUGGAGAUCUCUCUAUUACUGGUUGAGAUCUUUCUGUUACUGGUUGAGAUCUUUCUGUUACUGGUUGAGAUCUUUCUGUUACUGGUUGAGAUCUUUCUGUUAUGGGUGGAGAUCUCUCUGUUAUUGGUGAAGAUCUCUCUGUUACGGGUGGAGAUCUCUCUGUUACGGGUGGAGAUCUUUCUGUUACUGGUUGAGAUCUCUCAGUUAUGGGUGGAGGUCUCUCUAUUACUGGUGGAGAUCUCUCUAUUACUGGUGGAGAUCUCUCUGUUAUGGGUGGAGGUCUCUCUAUUACUGGUGGAGAUCUCUCAGUUAUGGGUGGAGGUCUCUCUAUUACUGGUGGAGAUCUCUCUGUUAAUGGUGGAGAUCUCUCUAUUACUGGUGGAGAUCUCUCUGUUAUGGGUGGAGGUCUCUCUAUUACUGGUGGAGAUCUCUCUGUUACUGGUGGAGAUCUCUCUAUUACUGGUGGAUAUCUCUCAGUUACGGGUGGAGAUCUCUCUGUUACUGGUGGAGAUCUCUCUGUUAUGGGUGGAGAUCUCUCUGUUACGGGUGGAGAUAUCUCUGUUACUGGUUGAGAUCUCUCUGUUACGGGUUGAGAUCUUUCUGUUACUGGUGGAUAUCUCUUUUUUACGGGUGGAGUUAUCUCUGUUACUGGUGGAGAUCUCUCUGUUACGGGUGGAGAUCUCUCUGUUACUGGUGGAGAUCUCUCUAUUACUGGUUGAGAUCUUUCUGUUACUGGUGGAGAUCUUUCUGUUACUGGUUGAGAUCUUUCUGUUAUGGGUGGAGAUCUCUCUGUUACGGGUGGAGAUCUCUCUAUUACUGGUUGAGAUCUUUCUGUUACUGGUUGAGAUCUUUCUGUUAUGGGUGGAGAUCUCUCUGUUACUGGUGAAGAUCUCUCUGUUACUGGUGGAGAUCUCUCUAUUACUGGUGGAGAUCUCUCUAUUACUGGUUGAGAUCUCUCUAUUACUGGUGGAAAUCUAUCUAUUACUGGUGAAGAUCUCUCUGUUACUGGUGAAGAUCUCUCUGUUACUGGUAGAGAUCUUUCUGUUACUGGUUGAGAUCUUUCUGUUACUGGUUGAGAUCUUUCUGUUACUGGUUGAGAUCUUUCUGUUACUGGUGGAGAUCUUUCUGUUAUGGGUGGAGAUCUCUCUGUUACUGGUGGAGAUCUUUCUGUUAUGGGUGGAGAUCUCUCUGUUAUGGGUGGAGAUAUCUCUGUUACUGGUGGAGAUCUUUCUGUUAUGGGUGGAGAUCUCUCUGUUAUGGGUGGAGAUCUCUCUGUUACGGGUGGAGAUCUUCUGUUACUGGUGGAGAUCUCUCUGUUACUGGUUGAGAUCUCUCUGUUACGGGUUGAGAUCUUUCUGUUACUGGUGGAUAUCUCUCUUUUACGGGUGGAGAUAUCUCUGUUACUGGUGGAUAUCUCUCUGUUACGGGUGGAGAUCUCUCUGUUACUGGUGGAGAUCUCUCUAUUACUGGUGGAGAUCUCUCUAUUACUGGUUGAGAUCUUUAUGUUACUGGUUGAGAUCUUUCUGUUACUGGUUGAGAUCUUUCUGUUAUGGGUGGAGAUCUCUCUGUUACUGGUGAAGAUCUCUCUGUUACGGGUGGAGAUCUCUCUGUUACGGGUGGAGAUCUUUCUGUUACUGGUUGAGAUCUCUCAGUUAUGGGUGGAGGUCUCUCUAUUACUGGUGGAGAUCUCUCUAUUACUGGUGGAGAUCUCUCUGUUAUGGGUGGAGGUCUCUCUAUUACUGGUGGAGAUCUCUCUGUUAUGGGUGGAGGUCUCUCUAUUACUGGUGGAGAUCUCUCUGUUACUGGUGGAGAUCUCUCUGUUACUGGUGGAGAUCUCUCUGUUAUGGGUGGAGGUCUCUCUAUUACUGGUGGAGAUCUCUCUGUUACUGGUGGAGAUCUCUCUAUUACUGGUGGAUAUCUCUCAGUUACGGGUGGAGAUCUCUCUGUUACUGGUGGAGAUCUCUCUGUUACUGGUGGAGAUCUCUCUAUUACUGGUGGAGAUCUCUCUAUUACUGGUUGAGAUCUCUCUAUUACUGGUGGAAAUCUAUCUAUUACUGGUGAAGAUCUCUCUGUUACUGGUGAAGAUCUCUCUGUUACUGGUAGAGAUCUUUCUGUUACUGGUUGAGAUCUUUCUGUUACUGGUUGAGAUCUUUCUGUUACUGGUUGAGAUCUUUCUGUUACUGGUGGAGAUCUUUCUGUUAUGGGUGGAGAUCUCUCUGUUACUGGUGGAGAUCUUUCUGUUAUGGGUGGAGAUCUCUCUGUUAUGGGUGGAGAUAUCUCUGUUACUGGUGGAGAUCUUUCUGUUAUGGGUGGAGAUCUCUCUGUUAUGGGUGGAGAUCUCUCUGUUACUGGUGGAGAUCUCUCUAUUACUGGUUGAGAUCUCUCUGUUACGGGUUGAGAUCUUUCUGUUACUGGUGGAUAUCUCUCUUUUACGGGUGGAGAUAUCUCUGUUACUGGUGGAGAUCUCUCUGUUACGGGUGGAGAUCUCUUUGUUACUGGUGGAGAUCUCUCUAUUACUGGUUGAGAUCUUUCUGUUACUGGUUGAGAUCUUUCUGUUAUGGGUGGAGAUCUCUGUUACUGGUGAAGAUCUCUCUGUUACGGGUGGAGAUCUUUCUGUUACUGGUUGAGAUCUUUCUGUUACUGGUGAAGAUCUCUCUGUUACUGGUGGAGAUCUCUCUAUUACUGGUGAAGAUCUCUCUGUUACGGGUGGAGAUCUCUCUGUUACUGGUUGAGAUCUUUCUGUUACUGGUGAAGAUCUCUCUGUUACUGGUUGAGAUCUUUCUGUUACUGGUGGAUAUCUCUCUGUUACGGGUGGAGAUAUCUCUGUUACUGGUGAAGAUCUCUCUGUUACGGGUGGAGCUCUCUCUGUUACGGGUUGAGAUCUUUCUGUUACUGGUGGAGAUCUUUCUGUUAUGGGUGGAGAUCUCUCUGUUACUGGUGAAGAUCUCUCUGUUACGGGUGGAGAUCUCUCUGUUACGGGUUGAGAUCUUUCUGUUACUGGUGGAGAUCUUUCUGUUAUGGGUGGAGAUCUCUCUGUUACUGGUGAAGAUCUCUCUGUUACUGGUGGAGAUCUCUCUAUUACUGGUGGAGAUCUCUCUAUUACAGGUUGAGAUCUCUCUAUUACUGGUGGAGAUCUCUCUGUUACUAGUUGAGAUCUCUCUGUUACUGGUGAAGAUCUCUCUGUUACGGGUGGAGAUCUUUCUGUUAUGGAUGGAGAUCUCUCUGUUACUGGUGGAAAUCUAUCUAUUACUGGUGGAGAUUUCUCCGUUACUGGUGGAGAUCUCUCUGUUAUAGGUGGAGACAUCUCUGUUACUGGUGGAGAUCUCUCUGUUAUGGGUGGAGAUCUCUCUGUUACUGGGGGAGAUUUCUCUGUUACUGGUGAAGAUCUCUCGGUUAGAUCUCUCGCCUUGUGCAGCACUUUCAGGGGGGCGGCAAAAAGCCGCCCCCAAAUUCCCCGGUAGAUGCCUGGUCUGCCUCUUGUCCUGGGUUUGUUGGCAUCUGUUUAGUUUGCGCGCAGGCAGAGAGGGAGCACUCUCUCCUGAGCUCUUCCUGCUCAGCUUGCUCACGCGCACCACAGUGAUGCCAGAGCUGGAAUAUGACGUCACUCUGGCCCCGGCAUCACUGAGAGGCACGCAAGGGAACUGAGCAGGAAGCUCAUAGCUCCCUCGCCACCCGCCUCCACCGUUCGAAUUCCUGCGCUUGUCUGCCUUUGCCUGCCUGCCAGCCCCACUGGACCCCAGGGAAAAAUAAAUUCCAGCCCCAAACGUAGGGAGGCUGGAUUGAUUUGACAGUAAAAAAAAUUGUGAGUGUGUUAGUGUGUGUUAGUGUGUGUGUGUGUUAGUGAGAGUGUUAGUCAGUGAGAGUGUUAGUAUGUGUGUUAGUGAGAGUGUUAGUGUUUGUCAGUGAGUGUGUUAGUGAGAGUGUUAGUGUGUGUCAGUGAUAGUGUUAGUGUGUGUGUUAGUGAGAGUGUUAGUGUGUGUCAGUUAGAGGGUUAGUGUGUGUUAGUGAGAGCGUUAGUGUGUGUCUGUUAGUAAGUAUUUUAGUGUGUGUCUGUUGUGAGUGUGUUAGUGUGUGUCUGUUAGUGAGUGUGUAUUUGUCUGUCAGAGAGUGUGUAUGUCUGUCACUGAUAGUGUAUAUGUAUUUGUAAUUGAAAGUGUAUGUGUGUCUCUCAGUGUGUGUGUAUCUGUCAUUGAGUGUGUGCCUGUCAGUGUGUGCAUGCGUGUUUCGGUGUGUGUGUGUAUGCGUGUGUCAGUGUUUGUAUGUCUGGUAGUGAAUGUGUAUGUCUGUCAGCUAGCGUAUUUGUCUGUCAGUAAAUGUGUGUGUCUGACACUGAGUGGUGUGUGUAUGACACUGAUUGUAUGUAUGUCUGUCAGUGAGUGUGUAUGUGUGUUUCUCAGUUUGUAUUUGUCAGUAAGUAUAUAUGUUUCUCAGUGUGUGUGGGUCUGACACUGAGUGAGUUUGCGUCUGUCAGUAAGUGUAUAUGCAUUUCUAUCAGUGAGCGUGCAUCUGUCAGUGAGUGUUCAUGUGUGUCUUGUCGGUUAGUGUGUGUGUCUGUCGGUGAAUGUGAGUGUGUGUAACUGUGAAUGUUUCAGUGAAAGUAUGUUGGUUAAACAAGGUGUGUGACAAUGACUGUGUAUCUGUCAGUGAGUGUAUGUCGGUGUAUGCGUUAGUGAGGGUGUGUGUCUCUCAGGAAGAGAAAUUUGGAAGGGGGGGGAGGGGUUGCCUGAGUUUUGUCCUGCCUAGGGCAGCACAAAACCAGAAUACACCACUGCUCCCAGUAUAGUGUGACUGGCUCAGUAAACAUAGACCUCUAGCACUCGUUAAUAGGACUGUAUAGAAAGCACACAGACUAUCCCAGCAUAGUGUGACCGGCUCAGUACACAUAGACCUCUAGCUCUCAUUAAUAGGACUGCAUAGAGAGCACACAGACUAUCCCAGCAUAGUGUGACCGGCUCAGUACACAUAGACCUCUAGCGCUCAUUAAUAGGACUGUAUAGAAAGCACACAGACUGUCAGAACUGUUGAAAUUGGUGUUUAUAAUUGACUGGUACAAAAUCUCUGAUAUAAUCUCCAUGAAGAUCUCUUAAAGAUGGAUGGGUAGAUGUAAGGAUUGAUAGAGAUAGAUAGAUAGAUAGAUAGAUAGAUUUGAUAGUAAAAUAUAAUAGCAUAAUGUAAAAUAACGUAUAAAUAUAAAAAGUAAAUUGUAUAGAAGUCUCGGGUUCCAGCUCUCGUUUUAGGUUAGCAGGAAAUAUAUUAGGGACCCCAAAAUUUCCAGUGAAACAGAAUAACAUUUUCGCUACAGUUACAAUACUGAUUAUAUGACACACACCAUCAGCACAUUUUGUAACUUUACAAACAUCAAAUUUAAUCUACAUUUACACAUUUACACAUUAAUCAUACCGGGAGACAGCGGAGUAAACUGUGUGUCUUUACUGUAUAUUGGUCUCAAUGUAAAAAACUAAAACAUAAAAACCUGGCAGUUACCCGUCUGCAUCUAUAACUGGCCCAACUUAUUGUCAUUUUACAGACAUUAAACUCUGCAGACUCCUGAACAGAAGCUGAAACCUCAUUCGAACGCGUUGGCCACAGUAUAUCCUCAUGCUUCCUCUCUGUGUAUUUGUAUUUUACAGCAAUAUCACCCAACUGAUAUCACUGGCCAGCUAAAUCUGUCCGACCCCUCUGUUAGCACUGUGGUGUAACAGCGAGAAGAUAAUGUCUGGCUUGAGUGGAUGGUUUAAAUAAGGACCUAAGACCAACGCAUUUCACAUUUUAUAACUGGUAAGAAUGUAGCCAGCCAGGACAUUGGGACUGCAUGACUGCAACACAUGUAACUCCCAUCACCGUGCACCGUACAGAGCCGGAGUGCUGGUUCAAACAAUGGAAAAUUGUGAAUGCUUUUUUUUUUAUUCCAACUGGUAAAUAAUUAGUCCCAUAGCCCCCACCAUCCCCUAAGUACUGUAGACAGAUUUUGUUCCUGAGACAGGUACCAUCAUCACAUGCGUGGAAGACUUGAAAAGGACUGAGGAAAAGGAAAACUUUGGUAUAAUUGACUUAAUUUUUAACUCUCAUAUAAGGGGUACAUUUGUACAGAAGGUUCUUCGAACUAAUAUAUAUAUAUAUACAUACAUAUAUAUUUUACAAGAGAAAUGGUUAUGAUAUCAGUUUGUGUAUUUGCAUGAAUGCUAUAUUUAUAUAUAAACCCAAUAAACUGUUUAAAAUAAUAGAAUGAUCUUUUCACCACGGUAACCAUGAAUCUCACAAAUUGUUCUGUUUGUUUUGUGUUUUAUACAAUUCUUCUAAUCAUAUUUUAUCAUUUCUUAGGACGGAACGUUUGAAAUAAUAAUUGAUUUAUUUUUUAUUAUUUGAGCUAUAUUAAAAGGUGUUCAGACAUGAGCGUAGCACAAAGCAUAGAGAGCACAGCGUACGUACAUUAAGACACAAAUAACGCCGGCUCUGUAGUGAAAGCAGACGCAGUGACAGCAGCGUAUAGUAACCAGUAAUGGUCAAACACAACUGUCGCAUUUUAUUAAAA